GUGGCAGUGUAAACACAGCGAUAAGGAUUCUAGAACACUCAGUGCUGGAUACAUUGACUGGACAAUAGGCAGUGGAUACAUUGUGUAGGAGAUGAGUGGAUGGGAGCCAGUCACUGCUCCUUCUGCCAAUCACAGCCAGUCCCUCCCCAGCCUGCUCUGCUCCCUUCAAUACAGCUCAAUGAGAGGAACUCACAGUUACCGGGCACAGUUCUGGAACUCAGCAGGUGAGAGGAUACCUUGCUCAGCCCCUGUCUGCACCCCACGACUAAGGUAAGUACUCACAAUGGCUUGUUUGGAUAGGGAGAUAGGUGGCUGUGAGCACAACGUGGGUUAAACUCUAUAUUGUCCUAGGGCUCAUCAGGUUAACUGGCAUGACAUCAGGGGACCUCUAACUCACCGUAUUGCUACUUUUGGAAUACAACUCUUAUCAUGCCCAUCCAAAUGCUGGUUACAGGUGAUGAGAGAUGUACUAAGGGGGAUACCUGUAGACAAUUGGAUAUAUAGACCCUCACUCAGAAAAAGAUCUGCAGUGAGAAACUAUGAACAAUCCAGAUUAUUUUAAGUAAAUACAUUAAAUACUAAUAUUAAUACUUCUUGAUUAAGGUAAUCUUUAUAAGGGAAAAAAAAACAACAUUAAAAGUUGUAGAUGUUUAACUAUUGAAUGUGAAGCAUUUAUAAGUGCAGUCAGAAAUUUUACUUUGUAUUGUUUACUAAUUAUAGAAAUGGUGAGAUUAUGGGUGAUUUUUAGUGUUGUUAACUAGAUACAUUAGUUCCUUGUUAAGGGUGCCAAGUUCAAUGCACAUCUAAAAUGAGUCAUUAUUUUCUCCUCCCCCACCCCCCUUCCCUCUCUAUUCUCUACACAACACUAUGCCUGUCUUUUAUAGUUAUUGACUUUCUGUGAUUUCUUUGUCAACGUUUUUCAGAUGGUUUUUAGAAGUGUAUAUAGCUCAACUUCAAAACCUGUGGCAUAUAUACCCUAGGUGCUGCUCACUUUAAACUGGUAUAGGAUAUGUUCAGUACCAAUUCAAUUUCAGAUUAUCCACCAAUAAUAUUUGAUAUUGUAUUCAGGGAGCUUGUUGAAUGCAAGAUUGACAGAUGGGAUGCAGCAAAUCUAUUAUUGGCAGUAGCAGUUGCUCUGUAUGACACUUGCUGUUGGGAAAUAUAUGAAAAGAGCUGACCCAUUGUAGCAUUAAUAUGCUGAAUGGGAGGGCUGUUAAUCAGGUUGGUUCUUUUGGGAUGCCAGUUUGAUCAAGUCACCAGCCCUCCUGCAGCAUAUGUAUUCCACGUAUCAGAAGACCAGAACUUUUCAUGCACUGCCAUACUGUUUGUUAAAAAGAUAGAUGUCCAGGAAUAUAAGGUAGAUCUGUCAACCCAAAUUUGAAGAUCGUUAAAAAAAAAACCAAAAACUGCAAACACUGAGCUAUGUUAUAGGGAAUAUUGUAUUAUUUGCAUUAAAUGUAAUAAGAGUCACUGAUACAUAGCAUUAUGUAAAUAUUGUGUUUCUAAAUAGAAUUCUACUGUUUGCAGACGAUGGGUGUUUUGGUAAUAAUUGCAUGUUUAGAUGGUGCCACUUUGACUGGUUCCUUUAUAGGAAGAUCUUGUGCCUCGGGUUGGCUUAGGAUAAACAGAGCGCAGAUGUCAAGCUAUAUUGGCUGUAUCUGAGAACCAGACUCACCAGCUGUAAGCAGCACAUCUGUUUUGAAUUUUUAUAAAGAGAUUCUGCUGAUGUAUAACCUUUGAGCCAAAGUACGAAUCCAGCAGGGAUUAUAUGAUCUGUGUGACUGUCUGAGAAUCCUAAAUGACAAUCAGGGGAAUGGGGAGGGGAGGGUAACAAAAGAAUAUCAUAGAAUUAAAUACCGGUUAGAUGUCUUGGAGUUCAAAUUCAAUUAUAAAACAAAUCUUGGGUAUGCCUCCCGCAGAGUAUGAUGUCCCCAACCAGCACAUACAUGGUUGUCGAGAGCAUUGGACAAUUAAUGGAGAAGACCUUUGCCACAAAGAGUGCUGCUUACUAGUGCACCUUGCUUCAUUACCACUAGGGGAUGCCAUACUACCAAUCCCUUGUGAUUGGCUGACUUUAUUUCAAUAGUAUAGACAAUAAAAUGGAAAACUUAGCAUUGAUUAAACUGAAAUAUUAUCUUGUCGGAUACAUUUCCCUAUUUGGCUCUCUUGUGCCGUGCCUUGGAACCAAGGGGCCAGUUAUAACAUUGUGAUGUGUGUAUUUUUCAAGACUAGCUUGUGAUAUUGCCAUUUUCAUUAUUAAUCGACUGUCUCUAUAUCUGAGAUUAAUGGAGGUUUCGUCCAACAAAAUCCAGAGAGCCAAAUGUGGGCCUAAACCCUACGUAAUAUUUAUUAUUUUUUGCUGUUGUACAGCUCUGCUGAUUGUUGGGGCUCUAUAAAAAUGCUAAUAAUGUUUGUUUUUCCACUUGUUGCUGAUCACCCUGACAAGUAUAGUGCUAAAAGAAAGAACAGACUGUUUUGUUGGCAAGACAUAAAAAAGGGAAUUGGGGGCACACCCAGAACAUGCAUUUCUCAACACUGGUGCUGCUGUAGAGACCAAAAUGUAUGCAAAAUAAAGCAGGGGUGCCAAAUGGGUAGAUCCCCAGAUGUUGUAGAACUACAACUCCGUUGAUGCUUUGCAUGCCUUUUAGAAUGCAUUUACAAUUACAAAGAAUCAUGGAAGCUGUAGUUUUAACAUAUCUACCUUUUGGGCACCCUUAAAAUUUAGACUAAGAAACAGCGCACACACAAAACAAACACAGUUUUAACUUUUACAAGGCUGCUUAAAACCACCUAUCACAGCAGAGACAUAUGGGAUUCAUAUGGGAUUCGAUAUGCUGGAACUGAAUCCCCAUAUUUGUUUGCUGAGAUAGAUGAUUUUAAGUAGCCUUGUACAAUUUAAAACUGUAUUUUGGUGCGCGCUGUUCCUCAAUCUGUGUUGUCACCACUGCGGCAACUGCACCGCGACACUGCCGAUAUUUAAGCUGAGAACAUCAAGGAGUUAAUAUAGGCCUGGCUGUAAAGGCCGUUGCUACAUAGUGACUGUCGGAGUUUGUGUUUGUUUUGGUUUUGUUCUGGGGAGGAGUUAGUAGCGAUGACCAGCUGCGCAUAUCACCAUGUGUUCGAUUUGCUGUUCUCAGCUUCCAAACAUGACUCAGCAUUCACACACAGUUGUCCUCUGGCCGCCACUCGUGCUGCUCACAGAAACCCUUUCACAAUAAACACACUGCUGUUUGAGUUGUGUUUUUGUUUUGUUUUUUUUUUCCCGACUGCCAAGGUCUCAGUGUAUAAUUGGAUAUAUACAGCAUUGCAUUCUGGGCUGCAUAAACAAAAUGUCAAAGACGUAUGGACCAGCCUUUUUGUUGCACAACGCCAAAAAAGGUACUUUUUGAGAACCACAACUUUCAGAAACAUCAUUUCUGCAAUUUGUUUCAAUUUUUUCGUAAUAGCAGCCAAGCUGAAGAAGAAGGAUUUGCUCCUGUUCCUUAUAAUUAUCUCACUGUUACAUGAAUUUAAAUUUAAGGGUAAAGUUGCCAAGCAAAUAUUUUCCUGUUGUCUUUUUGAUUAGAAAUUGUCCUGUUCUAUCUUUUUUGGUUACAAAUUUGCACUUCCCUUGUAUAUUCUCAACAAUCCCCAUUUUAGUGAGUUCGUUUAACAUGACUGCAAUCCAGAAUUCUCUGGACUCCAAUGAUACAGAAGUGGUCAAAACAGUUAUGUCACCCUAAACAUAACAUUUAAAAAAAAAUCUGUUUCUGUUCCUCACUCCUAAACUGUUUUUUUUUUUUUUUUUUUCGAUCGUCUUCCCAUAUAAUAGGGACUACUUUGCCUUCUGUAUUUUUCUUCCACUUCACAAGAAGUGGACCUUCCUUUGUCAAGUAGUUAUAGCUGGGGGAAUAAGGCAUUUUCUCACUCUAUGCGUGACAAUAACUAUGGUGGCGUGGCUGCAGUGUUUUGCUGUACUCUCGCACAGACGGAUGUGGGCUCCCGGUGGUUAAAUUGCCAAUAGCUGAAGGAAGAAGAUGGUGACAUCUAUGGGGGACAUCAUGAGGUAAGUAUAUCUAGCCCUGGACCACCACACACAAAACAGCAAUGUCUUCAUCUGGGUUCUUGGAAAAAUAGUGUGUGCCUGGCACUCAUGGCACAGCAAACAGAAUGUAAUUUAAAUUUACUUCCAACAUAUUGUUUUUUCCAGUCACCAUGCGAGUGCACGCUCGCAUAUAGUGCUUUGGAAGAAAUUUUUCAGCACACAUGCACUCGUACUGCAUUUCUUUGCAGAUGCCGAGGUGCGUGAAUGUACCGAUUGCAUCAUGCUGCAAUGAAGCUGCCUUCAUAAUUGCCUCACUGCACGAUUCAAGUGCACUUAAAGUGGAUCUGUCACUAUCGUUUGUUUUUAUAUAUUUUGCCAAGGCCGCAAAGGUGAUCUCUUCAAUUAUGGUCCAGUGGCCGUAGGGUACAAUGAAGGAUAAGUUUGCUUACCAAAGCUGUUCCUUUGCAGCUGCCCCCAUUCUUGUCCUGGGGACCCUCUUUAGCUCCUGGUGAGACCACAGAAGCCUCUAUAGUUAAUGUCUCGUGAUGAGCGAAACCAUGCCUGAAUCCCAUAGCAAUCACUUGUGAUGGACGAAGGUUGUCGGCGGAGCUCCACCUUUUGUCAACCUCAGACUUUACUGUAAGACAAAGUAGUCAAUACUUUUACUUAUGGUAUCUUUGGAAUGCUUUGGAAUUUCAAUGAUAUCCCAACGCAUUUCAACAUCAGUAUUUUGUAAUGAUAUCUUUAGGAAAAACUCAGAAGCGAUAGAGCCGCUUUAAUAUUCCAAUUGGGAGGGGAAACCCAUUUGGUUACACACUAUAGUUAAAUAAAAUACAUUUUAAAAAUGGAGUGGUAUCCUAUCCCCUUUGAAUAUAAGCCUGAAUUGGGAUCCAGGGAGAGAGUCAACUUGCAAGUAACCCCAUCCUCUUAGACGUAAGUAUAAUGAAAGGUCCUGAGGAACUGCAAUAUGUAGGGGCAGGGCCGCCGUCAGAAAAUUUGGGGCCCCUAACACAGCUCAAGGUCUGGGCCCCCCUUCAAGCCCGCCUCCAAAUCCCGCCCACAGGAAUACACACACACUAACAGAUACAAAUACUGAAACAGACAUUCACACAUGCAUAGGGAGAUACUGACACACACACACACACACACACACACAUAUACAUGCAGACAUACAUACUGACAAACGUACAUACAUACACAUACUGCAUACUUAUAUAUACAUAUAUACAUACAUACACACACUGGUAUACAUACAUACAUACAUACACUGGCAUACAUACAUACAUACACACUGGUAUACAUACACUGGUAUACAUACAUACACACACUGGCAUACAUACACACACUGGUAUACAUACAUACACACACUGGCAUACAUACAUACAUACAUACACACACUGGCAUACGUACAUACUCACAUACAUAUAUACACACACCUCAUUUUCAGCCUUACAAUUUCGUCACAGGAGGGUGGCUGGGGAUGAUGUGAGUUGGCUUCCUCUCCUCGCGGCCUUCAUGCUUUCUCUCUGCCUUCCUGCGUGGAGUAAACUGGAAGUGACCGGAUGCCACUUCCUCCCAGCAGUACUUGCUUUCCGGCUGCAUUUUUUUAAAGGGGCCCGGUCGCGCUAUUACAGCGCUGACCGGGCCCCUGAAGAUAAUAGGGCCCAUUAGGUGGCCCUAAAUGCUUGGGCCAUCUGAUGGGCCCCAUCAGCGUGUGGGCCCCGGUGCAGAUGCACUGAUACACGUGGGGCCCGGGCCCCCCUGUGUAGGUGGACCUGCAUAGUGGUUUCUUUGACCCAUUUUUUGCGGGUGAACCAGUAUUGUAUUAGCCACAGGCAGAAUAGGCCUAUUGUAACAGUGUGGAGGGGGCAGCAGGAUCCUUCUCAAGCCAAACGUAAGGAAUACUCAGAUUUUAUUGAGCUAUUCCAUUAUUGUUUUAUUAUCUCCAUUUUAUAUGCCACUUCAUCGUUAACGGAAAUAUUUGUACUAGCAGAACUGCAAACCAUUUCCCAACUUGUCAGUUUGGGCCUUAAUUUUGCAGUUUGUUUGCCAACGCAAACAUGAAUCAUGAUUUAGUGAAUAAACAUAUAUAGAAUUCUUUUUUUAGUACACUUUAUCGGAUAAUCUCAUAGAAGGACAUGUCCCACCACAUCCAGUUUUUAUAACACUACAUAAAAAUCUAAAUAUAUUACACUGUGUGCUGCUUGGAUAUCUUUUAGUGACGUCCAGGCACAUGUAUCAAAAUGUAUAAAAACUAUUUAUUGCAUGCACAUCAAUUAAAACUAGCAAAGGACACUACAAUGUUUGUAAAAUAUUUAACAACAUGCAGUUUGGCAACAUAAACCGCAAGAAAAACAUUUGCAACAUUUUCGAGGCUUAAAGGGACAACUCAGGCUAUUCAUUAACUACUAGGUAAUGUAUCAAACAGUAUGCAAAUAAAUACAUUUUACAAAUGUUAAAUUAUUAAAGGGAAAAUCUUUCCUCUGGAAGAUCCAGUGUUUACUGGAAUUUCUCAGGAUUUGCAGCUUCCCACCGCAAGCUUUGCCCAGACUAAAAAGUAGCUGACACUUUUCAGCCAAUCCUAGCCAGGCCUUUAUGGCAGAGCUAAGUAUAUCCCAUGAGCCCCAGCUGAGGGGAUAUGUUCUGUUAAUAAAUGUAAUUUGCAACGGGUUUUGUUUUGUUUGUAGCUGUCUUGUAUAAAUGAAAGCUGGUUGUUAAAGGGGUACUCCAGUCACCAUAACAACUUAAUCUAAAUAAAGUUGUUAUGGUGCCACAAGGCUCCUGGGCCUACUCUUGCCUUAAGGAGUUAAACCUGAGCUUCCAGCGCCGAUCCUUAGGCGACAUCCGGCUUCUCAAACUCCGUUUCAGGGUCACCGUUGAUUGGCUGAGAGGGGUCAGCUGACACUCACAGCCAACAAUGACUCACCAUUCAUAAAACUGGCUUGAUAAAGGUACAUUUCUCUUCAAGUCAGUUUUAUGAAUGGGGAGUCAGCUGAGAGCGUCAGCUGAUUGCUCUCAGCCAAUCAGCGAUGCCCCUGCCCGGUGGCACUCCCACUUCCUGAAACAGGACGCCAAAUGGUGCACCUGAGGAUCGGCGCUUUAAAGCCUGCUGGCACCAUAACAACUGCAUUCAGAUGAAGUUGUUAUGGUGCCUUAACUGUCUCUUUAAUUCACCGCAACUCAUUAAAGCGAAGUUGUUUUUUUUUUUCUCUUUAUGAUUAUACUCCCCUCCUUACCACUUGCCUUUGUUUAUAUUUAUCUUUUCUUCCUUGUGCCGGAUCUCAAUAUCUGGGAGCAGCCAUUUUGUUCUCCUCUGUCCAUGAUGUCUGCAGUUUGCUCAUUGUGGGAUUUAUUGUACUGGUGGAAUGUGGGUAAAUUUGUUUGGUAACUGAAACCAUUGUCAGGUUUUGUCAACCCGACUGCUAUACAUGAGGAAAAGCAGUCCAUACUUUUAUUUAUAUAUUCAAUAAAAACUAAAGUGCUCAGCAACCCAAUAAAAACAGAGUCCAACACAAGAAGCAAUGAAGAAACAGAUAAGAUGACAUUUAUUUUUGGGUGCAUAGCCACUUUAUGAAAAUUAACUCCUUAGGAUGCCGGUACAUCUAGUUGGCUGGUCUAUGUAACAGUGUUUUAGGAAUCUUACUUAUAAAUAUGUAAUCUGAUUUAAUUUGUGUAUUAAAAAAAAAGUAUAGAGAAUUCAAACCUUGGUUUAGUAACGUUAUAUAAUCAAGCAUAAAACUGAGCCCAGAUAAGCAGCCUCAUAUUACUACACAGAUAAACAUAUACACCAUGUUUUUGACAAAUUACUUCCAAUAAAAUUUGCAGGAGUGUGCAGUUAUUCACUUAUUUUCCCAGGAAACACCCCAAGUUGAGGAACACACUAUAGUUUGAUGCAGAAUACAGUAAAGAGAUAUUAAUCUGACGAUCACUUCCUCUCUUGUUACUGUUGUAAAUAUACUUUGCCGGUCAUGUGAGGUUACUAAACCAGGCAGCGUGUGAUCGAGGUCUGCACACACCACUUUCUCACAGUUCUGAGUGGAUGUAUCAGACUCCCAAUUAUAUAUAGGUAUGUUUAUUAUGUUGUGUAUCAUGAAAGGCUAGCAGAAGGAAACUUGUGUUAUGGUCUCAAUCAGAGGAUUAUAUCCUGUUUUAGAGAUACCAUAAGGCGAUUUAGAAAAUCUUAGCCAAGUGUCUCUUAAUUCAGUUUUCUUACGCAAUAUGCUUCAAUAUCAGAGGGUUUGUGGUGUAUAUGAGGAUUUGGUACAUUCUACUUGCUAGCAGCUGGGGGGCAGCGGGCCAGGGCAGCCCUCGAAGGCAUUGAGAUUGUAGGCCACAAGCCCAAGCACAGGGCUAGCAAAGUUCCUGCAGUAGUUUGCCAACAAUCAGCCCAGUGUAUUUCCAGCUGAUUUUAAUCGGGGCAAGAAUAAUGCUUUGAUAGUCGUCCACAUUCCACUAUAUGCUGGCUACCCUCCCCAGGCUACAGAUAGCCAUCACCUUGAUACCUGAGUGUGAUGGGAGUUACAGAAAACCUCACAUAGUAAUGAAAAUGUGAGAGCUGACAUAUUUAAAAAGUGUGUGAUUUUAUUAAAUUACUCAAAUAAACAUUUCCUGGCCAAGGGCUAGUUUUGGCCUAACGUGUUGGUAUUUUUUAAUGUUACUUAUGCGUUAUAUCACCACCUGUACUAUUUCAAGUUGCUUUUCACAGUUCAGUCUACUUGCCUAUUUCCACCAAAUUUAACUGGAAAUAUUCAUUCUUUGAUAACUAACUCAAGCCACUGUAUACUUUGUUGCUUCUUGACUGUUUUGGCAAACAAAGGUCCUAGAUUAGCAAUCAGUGCACUGAAGCAAUCAAUGUUAUUGUAUAGUUUGUAACUGUCCCAACCGACCUCUAUGUUGCUGUAUAGAUGUAGUAACAUGAGUUUUACUAAAAUUGGAUACAACAGUCUCCAGCAACAUGAGCUAAAUGUAGUAUUGUGACACACCUGUUAAUUACUGAAUUCAGGUGUGUCAGUCAGACCCAUUGCCACAGGUGUAUAAAAUCAAGCACGUAGCCAUGCAGUCUGCGUUUACAAACAUAUGUGAAAUAAAUGUCAUAAACGUCUCUGCUGGUGUAAUGGUCAGGUGUCCCAAUACUUUUGUCCAUAUAGUGUAGAUACUGCUGUCACUCAAGAAAAAACAAGGUCCAUACAGCCUCUUUUAGUUCCUAUUCUGGUAUUCGAGCCACUCAUCCCUAUCAGUCCUGGGAAGAAGGAAACAAUAUGUGCUGUUAAAGGACCACCAUAGGCACCCAAACCACUUCAGCUCAAUGAAGUGGUCUGGGUGCCAGGUCCCUCUAGUUAUAACCCUGCAGCUGUAAACAUAGCAGUUUCAUAGAAACUGAGGGUUAAUUAAGCCUCUAGUGGCUGUCUCACUGACAGCCACUAGAGGCGCUUCCGCUAUUCUCACUGUGAAAAUCACAGUGAGAAGACGUUGACGUCCAUAGGAAAGCAUUGAGUGAUGCUUUCCUAUGGGUGUUUUUAACGCGCAUGUGGACGCGCAUGUGCAUUCGGCUCUACUCAGGAGCCAACGUUUGAGGGGGAGGAGAGGUCACCAGCGCCGAGGGAUCCCGGUGCGGGUUAAAGGUAAGUGGCUGAAGGGGUUUUAACCCUUUCAGCCCAGCGGGAGGGGGACCCUGAGGGUGGGGGGGACCUAAGGACUACAUAGUGCCAGGAAAAUGAGUUUGUUUAAGGCCCUUGUGAUGCAGGAGAUGGACUAUUGUGUCCUACCUGACCACUCUACAUUUUGGAUUGUCUCUAAACUGAGAGAGCGGUAGUAUAUAGGUCUGUGCCAGCCACAUUGCCAGCCACAUUGCUCUUGUUCACACAAUUUGUAGGAAAAAUAUGUGGAAAAGAUGUUCAGUAUUUAAGGGGACCAUUAACCAUUUCUUCCUACUUAAUAAUUUGUAUUAUUUAAUAUGCUUACAUCGUAAUUUGUCUUUUUCUCCUAAAAUUCAAUCAUGCAUUUUGUUUUAAAUAGUUUUUAUUGUCAUCACAAUGUAGAUGCGGAUAUCAAACAUAUUACUGUAAAAGCAUAUGGUCGCCUACGCAGAGGCGUAUAUAUUGAAACAGGUAAACUGAACAGGUGCAGUUAUUUUAAUUGGGUAGGUGUGUACUCUGCGAACUUAAAGACAUGUUGUCUGGGCGAGUAGAACCUAGUGUGGUUUGGGUUUGUGUAGUUGUCUUGUGUUAGCUGGUUUGUGUAGUUGCCUUGUGCUAACUGGUUUGUGUAGAUGCUUUUUGUUAGCUGGUUUGUGUAGUUGCCUCGUGUUAGCUGGUUUGUGUAGUUGCCUCGUGUUAGCUGGUUUGUGUAGUUGCUUUGUGUUAGUUGGUUUUUGUAGUUGCCUUGUGUUAGCUGGUUUGUUUUAAAUAUGUUUUUAUUUCACAUGUGUAAUCAUAGCAUAUAUAUCACGUUUAGUCAUUUUGGUGCCUGCGCAGAGGCACUGCGUAUCGUACAUCUGGUAUGAACUUGUACAUGUUUAGCCAUCUGGUGCGACCAUUGCAAUAGUAUAUUGUUCCCAGCAUCUAGGUGGCUAGUGCCAAUAUCUGUGCUGAUAUUGGCAUUGCCACCUGUUCAUAUUUGCGUUGAGUAGUGAGAGCGUUUUUGUGGCUCAAUGAUUACACGUAUGUGUGAUCAUGUCGGUGUAGUGUUGAUGCAUUUGUGUAGUUCAAUACGGAUGGUUUAUUGGUUUAUGACUGCAUCUUACCAGGCGGGGCUGGCUCUGUCUUGGUGAUGGUGUAUGCGUCUCUGGGUAGUGUCACAGUAGUUGAAGGGCUGUGCAUCCACGUAUGUUGCGUGUGUAUUCUAUGGUUCUUCUCCCGUUUGGUGGGGUUUGGGUGUCUCUGUCUGAAGCAUCUGUCGCGAGUCUUGGUGUUCUGGUGGGUAGCGUAUUGGGUUGUGCACUUAUCUGAAUCGAAUGUUAUGUAGUCAGUAGGGGUUUUGUUUAUGUUCGCACGUCUGCAUGCAUGUGUGUCUCCGUCUAGGGGGUAUGUUCGUGUGAAGCACGCUUCAGGAACUUGGGUGGGACGAAAGAGAGAGAGAGGAAGAAGAAGGAGAAGAGAAAAAAAAAGAGAGAAAAAAAGGGGGGAGGGCAGAAGGGGAGGUGGCUUGGGGGCAGGUGGGUAUCUUAGCCAUCCGGUCAUUCUUUAUCUCCUGUCCCUUUUCCGGGGAACCCCGCUCCGCCGGUGCCCCAGGUGGUCUCCUUUCACACGCCUCCCGUGUGCUCCUCCCGGUGUUCAGAUGCAUUCAAGAGCGUCACAAAGUCAUCCGAGGCGAUGUGUCUUAGCCAGUAGAACCAUCUCUGUAUAUGUUUCUCUUUUGCGUUUGCUGUCGUUGCCUUCAGGUCCUCGAAUUUCCAGGUGUCUUCCACCUCCUCCACCCAACGCCUGAGUGAGGGGGUGCGUGGUUGCCUCCAGAAGAUUGGGACUGUUGCUUUCGCUGCAUUGAGGAGCCUCAGUAUCACUGAUCGUUUAUAUGCUGGCGCGGGUAUUGUUCUAUAGUGUAGUAGAAAAGGUGCUGGUGUCAUCGGGAUGUUUUUGUCUGUAGUUUCGUUGAUCACUCGACCCAAUGUCUCCCAAAACAGCCGGAUGAGGGAGCAGUCCCACCAUAGGUGGAGAAAUGACCAAGUCUCCAUUCUACAUCACCAGCACGUGUUUGGUUUCGAGCUGUUCCUAGCAUGUAGGUCCUCUGGGGUGAUGUACCAUCUUGUAAAUACUUUAUACGAAUUUUCUUGGAGCCUUGCUGAUCCUGGGGUCUUCUGGGUGAGUGUAAUGAUUUUAUCCCAGUCUGCGUCCGUGAGUGUUACGUCCAGGUCUUAUUCCCAGCGCCUGCUGCACGGUGGUGCAAGAAGGGGAUCGAGCGUGCAUAUCGCUGUAGUUGUUCCCUUGCUAUAGUGUGUAGGAAGGUGUGCCUUUGGUCUGGAAACAGGUCUGCAAUUGGCUUUAUUGUGCAAGGGGGUGUGAGUAUGUCCAUCAUUCAGGGUAUUGCGAUGUUGGUCCUCAAUCUCAGGGUGGGGCCCAUGUCUCCUGCCGGGAAAUCAGGGUUUCCCCUGAGGGGGAGUAGAGGGCUCGGGUUGGUAGUAAGAUAGUAUUUGGGGCCGUUUUGAUGCCAGAUGCGGAGGGUGGCUUUCACAAAUGGAUUUGCGUGUUGGGUGCAACGGCUAGCUUCUUGUGUGAGCCACGGCAGGGCUCUAAGGUCGCAAUCAGAGCUAUCUGCUUCUAGUUGAACCCAUAGUUUGUCUCUUGGUGUUGUCGACCAACCGAUGAUUCUGGUGAGGUGGGUUGCAAUGUAGUACUUCCUGAAUUCGGGAAGAGCCAGUCACCCUUUGAGUUUAGGGAGUGUCAGUUGGGAGUGGGCUAUUCGGGGGGACUUGCCCUUCCAUAUGAAGUGACGGACAGCCGCUUGAAAGGAUGUAAAAAAGCUCUUCGGCACUGCAACAGGUAUUGUUUGGAAGACGAAUAAGAAUUUAGGGAGUAGGGUCAUCUUCACCACGUUGAUGUGGCCUAGCCAUGAUAUGUAAUAGGUGUUCCAGACUUGAAGUUCAGCCUGCGCGCAGGGCCGGCCUUAGGCAAUUAGGCGCCCUGUGCAAAAAGUCUUCACGGCGCCCCCCCCCACCUCCCACCAAGUUGCCUGAAUACAGUAACACACACAGGCACCGGGGACGUGUGUAUCACGAGGCAAACAAGGCAUCUGCCUUGGGCGCCACUUUGCAGGGGGCGGCAAAAAAAAGCAUCCCUCCAAACCCCCAGGCAGAUCCCUUGCUUGCCUCGCAUCCUGGGGGGCUCAAGAGCUGACCGGCUGGCCACUUUUGAGCCCCCCCAAGGCUGGCAGCGGGCAGCGAAGGAGCAUACUCACCUGAGCUCUUCCUGCUCAGCUUCCUCUGCGCCGCUUAAUGAAGCCGGGAGCCAGAAUAUGACGUCAGUCCGGCUCCCGGCAUCACUAAGCGCUGCUUACUCAGCCUGUGCGCCCCCUGCCUGCCUGCCCAGCAGCCACACUGGACUGCUGGUAAGAAAUCCACUCCAGCUUUCCCAGGGAGGCUGGGUGGAUUUAAAAUAAAUGUAAAAAAUAUUAGUUUGUGAGUGUUAGUGGAAAUGUCUGUGUGUGUGUCUGUGAGUGUUUAUUUUGAAGUGAAUGUGUGUGUGUGUGUGUGUGUGUGUGUGUCUGUAAGUGUGUAAUUGUGUGUGUCUGUAAGUGAAUGUGUGUGUGUCUGUGAGUGAAUGUGUGUGUUGGUCAGUGAGUGUAUAUGUGUCAGUCAGUGAGUGUGUAUGUGUCAGUCAGUGAGUGUGUAUGUGUCGUCAGUGAGUGUGUAUGUGUCGUCAGUGAGUGUGCGUCUGUCAGUGAGUGAGCGUCUGUCAGUCAAAGUGCGGCCUUGACAGGAAGGGGUGGGGGAAAUUUAAACUCGGUUACAGGCAUGUACACACACACUCAGUUAAAGGCAGUCACACAUACAGGCACAGGCCCAAACAAUGGCACAGCUACAGCGACACACACAGACAGACAGUCACAUAGGCAGUCACACACACAGACAGACACACAGUAACACACACAUAGACAGUUAUACACACACAGGCAGGCAGUCACACAGAUAGAAAGUCACACACACAGGCAGGCAGUCACACACAGACAGAUAGUUACAGACAGACACACACAGGCAGGCAGGCAGUACAGGCAGUCACACACACAGGCAGUCACACACACAGACAGUCACACAGACAGACAGUCACACACACAGGCAGUCACACACACGGGCAGUCACACACACGGGCAGUCACACACACGGGCAGUCACACAGACAGACAGUCACACAGACAGUCACACACACAGGCAGUCACAUACAUGGGCAGUCACACAGACAGACAGUCACACACACAGACAGUCACACACAGGCAGGCAGUCACACACAGAGACAGUCACACACACACACAGAGACAGACAGUCACACACACACACACACACAAGGACAGGCAGUCACACAGACAGUCACACACACACACACACACAGACAGUCACACGCACACAGGCAGGCAGUCACACAGACAGACAGUCACACACACACACAGACAGACAGUCACACAAACAGGCAAACAGUCACACACACACACUUACCUCUUUCCAGUGGAUGCAGUUGGCUGAUGGGGAAGCAUCUUUCCCUCUUCCUGUACAGCAGGGGCUUCGGGAGGUAUUAGCCCCGUCUCCGCCUCUCGAUAAGCCCCGCCUCCGCCGCUCGGUAAACCCCGCCCCCUCUGCCGCGAUUUUUUUUUUUUUUUUUUUAAAUAGACCCGGGUGGAGAACAAUUAAUCCUCCAGCCAGGUACCUCUUUUAGCUCCCCUGCACUCCGGCCAUGAGUGAGCUGUGUCGGCCACAGGGCGCCCCCUGUUCCAUGGCGCCCUGUGCGGUCGCACAGCUCGCACACCCCUAAGGCCGGCCCUGCCUGCGCGGUCUUGAGAAGUGGUAGGAAGUUGUGAUGUUAUAGGUCCGCCGGGUUCGGUGUGAGCCAUACCCCUCGGUACCGCAUCUUGGUGGUGCACCAGCAGAAGGGAAAGCAGCAUCUGAGCGUCUGCGUUUGGGUGUGUCUAACAUUGAGAUUCAAGAUUUCUGAUUUGGUGUAGUUUAUGCUUAAGUUGGAGACGUUGCCGUAGGUCUCGAAUUCAGUUAUGAUCGUGUGCAGCGUCGUGGCCGGAUGUUUUACAAUGAAGAGAAGGUCAUCUGCAUAUGCCAGGACUUUGUGUUGUGAUCGGCCUAUACUGAGUCCGCGGAUCGCCUCGUUGCCUCUGAUGUUAUUAAGGAAUGGCUCUAGGAUUAGUGCAAAGAGCAGGGGGGAUAGGGGGCAUCCCUGGUGUGUUCCGUUGCGGAUGUGGACAAUCAUGCAUUUUGUACCCCCUCUUCAACCUACUUUUUUACACAUCUUCUCAAUCCUAUAAAUCUCCCUUUUCUACAUCCAUAAAUUCUAAGUUCCAAUCACAAUGUGCCCAAACCACUUAUCCUUCUUAUUUUUCGCUUGGGUUUCCCCCCAUCAUUUUUUUUCUAUUUUACUUUGUUUUUUCUUAUUCCAAACUGGACUUGGCUUACUUUUGGUAAUUCAGGCAUUGUUGAAAAUUCCCCUGACACCAGAUAGUCUAUUGUAGUGGUAAAUAUUAGUUACAUAAACAUGAGCCUAGUCUCACUUUCCUGCCUUAUUGUGUCUGUCUGUUUUCUGGCAAUCUAUGCAAGGGCAGAUCUUCUCAUCUCACUCUGCAUAACCGCAGCAUUAAGAACUCUGGUUUAUGAUGUUCUAAACAAUGACCCUAAAUCAGGGGUGCCCAAAGGUAGAUCCCCAGAUGUUCUAAAACCACAGCUUCCAUGCAGCUUUGCAAUUCUAAAGGCAUUCCAAAGGCAUUCAAAAGCAUCAUGGGAAUUGUAGUUCUACAAUAUCUUGGGACUUACCUUUUGGGCACCCCUGAUCUAAAUGCUAUCCCCUUGGUCAAGAAAGUGACUUUAAGACUCUCCAUAGCCUACAUCCAUCACCUAACACAAUGUUUGUGUUGUAGAGUGUUCCCUUUAAGCACUCUUUCCUAAUCACUCCAGCAAUGAAUCAGUUAAGAAAAUAAAAUAAUCCUUCCGGCAACUACUCGUUUUUAGUUUCUCACUGCACAAUGCAGGCUGUUGUUGUUAUAAAGACUCUUAUACAAAUCCUUUCUGUCUUGAACUGGUCAAUAACAUGUUUAAAUGGAUUAAUGUCCUUGGAAAUGUUGGUUUCCUUUCUUCUAAAUAAAUAGCAGAUUCAUAACACUGUAGUUAUGUGGUUUAUCUAAUGGCCACUGAGUUACAGAUUUGCAAAAACUGGGUACCGCUUAGGGCAAUUCACAGCCCUGAUUGCUUUUUUUCUGCUGAGCAUUUUUAAAAGGAAACUCCAAACAUAUUAACCACUACAGUGAAUUGCGGUGGUCAUGGUGCUAAGAAUUUGACACCAAAUCAUUAAUCUUUUUUAAUGGUUAUGUUGACUUACUGCCCCUAAGAUCCACUGGACUUCCCACAAACCUUAGACAGCAAGGCCCCCAUUGUGCUGUCCAAGAUUUUGUAUGGCAGUCAUUGCAUACGGCACCCACCGUCCAAGUCUGUCUUCUUUUUCAGAUGUUGAGCUGUCAGUGUGCAUACACACAGCACAGAUGCCUGCGUGUCUGUCCAUAAUGUAGGUAGAAAGAUGCAAACCCUUUGUGUUGUCACAUGGCAUACAUUCAAACAGCCCUCUAAUGUACCCAGAAACAGAAUGGAAGAAUAGGUUUUUAGAAUGGCUGAGCAAAAGACCUCCAAGGAGGUUAAGCAUGAAACACACCAUUGCUAACCAAAGGUCAGAACACGAGAACAUCAAAUAUCUGGAUUACUAAGCUGAUAGUCAGGGAACCAGAAAUUCACUUACUUUGACAACUAAUCCAAGGACCAGGGUACUAGAAAUUUUCGAUUGUGGAUAGCUGAGCCAAGUAUUAUGGUGGUAGAAGAUGACCCAGAUCACAUUAGCUGAAAUCACAGUUGCACUAUUUGGCUGUAAGAACCAAGAAAGGGAAAUGAGUUCCUGCUUUUUCUGUAUUUAUGUAAAAAUGUACUUGGCAUCAAUUGGGCUUCACCAAAAAAAGCAUCUGUGCAUAUUGAUCUUUAUUUGAGUGCAGCCAAUUUGGAGUAAGGUGGACCAGCUCUUGGAAGAGAUGGCAUGGGAACGAGCAAUGCCUGUUGUGCCAUCCUGGUUACAGGAGGAUGUCAUCAGGUAAGUAAUCUUGACAACAGCACAACAAACUCACAAGUUAUUUACUUAACCACCUGGUUUGGUUGGUACACCUGCCCUUUAUUCGUGACAUGUAACUGGAGGAGUUUGGGGACCUUAGGUUCGUGAUAUUCACUGAAUGAAAUUUUCAUAAUUGAACAAAGGUACAAUUCACAAUAGCUGAGAAGAUAAACCACUUUAAACGUUACUCAGAUCUAGAGUAAAUUGAGAUGUACAGAGGUUCAGGGCCCAAUAUACACAGCAGACCAUAAACUCAUGAAUGUAUACAUAUAGAUAAUUUUAAAUAAAGGUAAACAAGUUCAGAUAAUAGUUCACUGUAAUAAAAAUAGAUAUUCGUUAACUAGGCUUUAUAAGUUACAUAACUACCAAAUACACAUCUAGAAACCUAUGAAUAAUGACACAGAUUAGAUUUUUCAUUUCUCAUCACAGGAAAUGGGGGAACGUCCAAACUUGGUUGAAAUCCAAAUUAAUCAUCCUGGAACUCUGAGAGCAGAUACGCAUCACCAGAAGAUACAAAGGGGACAUCCCCUUGCAGAACUACUGCAUCCAUGAUGCUAUGCUAGACUUACAGAGUUAUUCACGGAAGUGAGAAUUCAUGUCGAAUUCAAAGUGAAUUUCAAAUUUAAGGCUAAAUGGCAAGCAUAGCUGACUUAGGGAAUGUUUCCAGAUCUUCCAUUUUGAAUUUUUAAAUUCACUUUAAGUUCUCACGUAAGUGAAUAACCCUUUUAGUAUCACAAAGCAUCAUGGGACAUCUUGUGCUACUACAUUUGGGGAUUUACCUUUGGCCGGCCCUGCUCUCUAUUGUUCCAUUGUACAAAUACACAUUUAUUAAACGUUCUUGUAAACAGGCUGUCUAAAAGGAGCAUGAAGGGAUAAAUCUACAUUUUAGAUAACCUAAUAUGUCUUCUUUAAUGGACUAUAAUAGAACAAUUGUGGACUUAAAAUUAUAUAAUUUGUCUCAAGUAAUAAUUUUAAGCCUCUAGAGGGGAAACUCUACUUGGAAAUCUGGUUGCAAACUCCUUCCUGUAAUUAUGGCUGGUCAGAAGACUGUUUCCUGUUCAGUCCUUGCUUCACUUAUAUUUGUCUAGACUGUGAAAAGCUACAAUUCUGAUUUUGGCUUGGGGUGUAUCGAUGUAUUAUAGAUCUCCACUCAUGUUCAAACCUUGUAGUUUGUUUAAGGGACAGUAUAUAGAAAUUAUUCAUGUAACUGGAAAUUAAAGUAUUGUACAUUUAUAGUGCUCUAAGCCUACCGUGGGGCAUCAACUUGACUUCUAUUAAUUACUGGCAGGAAUUUUGUUGUGUGUUUCAAAUUGUCCAAUAAUAAAUCAAAUGUAUAACACUGAAAAAUUGUUGGCUUAGAAUCUUUCUAUAAUUGGGUCUAUACCAAGGACAUUAAAAUGAUCCUGUUACUUCUGAGUAUCCCAUGGAGAAACCAGAAUCUUUACGAGAGUGCAUGUACAAUGCAAUUUUAAAGAAUAUACAUAAGUCAAAUAAGGACAAUUCUAUCUCAUCCAUGCUCAGGUAUGGAUGGGCCAUUGCCCACUGGACAGUAAUAUUCACAUGCCAAGAACUGGCUGGGGAGAUGAAAGAUGUCACCAACUAGCUUUAGAAGUUUUUAUCUCCUGCUCUUUAAAUUUAACCACAAGGUCUACACAUAAAGGAAGUGUAAACAUUAGAUCUCACUUUACAGGAAGUGUUUAGGAAGGCAAUGCAUGUUGCAUGCAGGCGUGACUAGGACUGCAUAAAGAAAGUGGUUUAACUUCUCAAUGGCAGUGAAUUGAGCAGUGAGACUUGUAUGAGCUAUACACCAAAAUUGCUUGAUUAAGCUAAAUCUGUUUUGGUGACUACAAUGCCCCUUGAAGUAUAUGAAUUAUAAUGAUCCAAAACCUCUCAAAUAAUUUGAAUGACCUAAAUAUACAUUGUUGGUACUUUAUUUAAAUUCACACAUUAUCAGUAGUGGUGUAUUUUGAAUCUGUGCUGCCCUAGGCAUGACGGAACUCGGGCACCCCAUAAUUUACAUUUGCCCCACCCCUUCCCAUCGAGGCCACACCUCUUCCUGUUAAAGACUAACACACACUUUGACUGACCGAAGCAUACUCUCAGAUACACUGCCAUACACACUCACUGAUUUGACACAAUCUGACAGACACACACACUCACUGACACACACACAAUGACGCAGACACACACUCACUUACUGACAGACACACACCCACCCGCAGACAUACACAAUUACUCAGACACACACACACACAUACACAUUCACUGACAGACACACACACUCAUUCACUCACAGACACACACAAUCACUCAGACACACAGACUCCCUCACAGACACACACACACACACACUCACAGACACAUACAAUCACUCAGACACAAACACACAUUCACUGACACACACACUCACUCACAGACACACAGGCUCCCUUACAGACACACACUGAUAGACAUACACACACUCACAGACAGACACAAUCACUCAGACACACACUGACAGACAUUCACUCACAGACAUACACACAGACUCACUGACAGCCAGACACACAGACACACACACUGACAUACACACACACACACACACACACUAACAGACAUACAUACACACACUAAUUUCUCCCCCUGCCCCCCAACACUCACAGAUUAUUUUUUAUUUUAAUUUAAAUCCACUCAGCCUCCCUAAAUUUGGGUCCAGUGGGGCUGCUGGCGGUCAGUUGAGAUCCGUGCGCCGCAGAGUGAUGCCGGGAGCCAGAAUAUGACGUCCCUCGCCGCCGCCCCUGGAAAUUGCCACCCAAGGCAAAUGCCUUGUUUGCCUCACAGCAAAUACAGUGCUGAUUAUCAGGGACUAUGGACAUGCUUAUUGAAAGAUGAUCAUAACAGUUCUUGAAUUCUACAAUUUCAACUAUGAGUAUGUAUUGUGUGAUAGGUGUUCUAACCUAUGCUUUUUGACCUGUUAGGAUGGAUCACGAGAGCUAUCCAAAUUCAGAUGAGCUGGACGAUGACGUGUUUUACCCUGAUGACUGUGAUUUCCUGAUCCCACCUUUGACCCCACCUUCAGCAUUCACGCAGAGCCAGACCUACACUUGUCUCCUUGGGAGGUUCCAGAUUUUCCCACUGUCUCAUUGCUGUGGACCAGGAUGUAGGAACACAGACUAUGAAGAUAAGGCCACACAGACACUUGGGCCACCAUCUGUUAGCAUUGACACCAUGUUGCCUUGCGGGGUCACAGAAUGUCCACAGAGACUUUUCUAUGGUAAGAAUCAGGCAUUUUUUUACUCAGUCGAAACCUAGUGCACUACUCCCUAGCCUCCAAGGACAUUAUAUCCCAAUGAACCCUUGGGAUACUGUUUUCUGAAGGUACCUUUUAGGGUCCAAGGCCCUAUGGGCUUCUCCAUCCCCCGGGAUGCUAGUGGAGGACAAAGAAAAGCUAUCCAAGAAAUUGCUUAUGUGCUUUAUUAAUUUUACUUAAUAAAAAUAAACUCUGUAGAACUAUGUAGAUAACGUCCCAGUAAACCCUCUGGUGGUUGGAGUGAAAUAUAGAUAAUGCCUAAAAGGAUAAAGGGGAGCCUGCAGUUUGAUAAAUGGUUGCUUAAAACUUUGGCACCUAAUAAACUGGAACAUAUAUAAUAUAUAAUAAGAGGUAAUUUAAUUUUUAGUGAAAACGUUGUAUAGAAGUCACAAAGGAGAUGAUGUAUAGUGGGAACAAAAAUAAGAUAGUGGUGGGGAUGGUAAAAAGUCCACAUGGGCCGCAGACAAACCGUUGAGGUGGCCAGGAGUCACAACAAGGUAUGCAUACACCCUAUGCUGAAAUCUCUAUGUAUACAUCCACCUCUCUGUUAGCAGGUAUGUAAGGUUAAAUAACAUAUUAUACCUCCACAUAAUGGAUUCAUUCUUUGAGGUUCUUGGUACUUGCAACAAGUUGAUCCCCAUCAAGUAGUGCUGAAUUGGUGCCUAAGUUUAGAGGCUCAGUUCACAAUCCAUAGGUGCCUGAACACAGUGCAUUCUUUUUCAACAUAACUCUGCAAAUGACUGGAUAAAAAAAGAUUAACCUUAAUAAAAGUCACAAAAAAUAACCCCAUCACACCCAUAACAAAGUAAUUUGCCAGUGCUACAUGUUACCAAACCCAGUGAAUAUUCAGGUGUUCUAUAAAUACAAAUAGUACACUUAAAGGAACACUAUAAGGUCAGGAAUACAAACAUGUAUUCCUGACCCUAUAGUGUUAAAACCACAAUUUAGGUGGCUUGCCCCCCCCUAUGGAAAACAUUGGAUUGGCUGAAAUCGACAAGGAGCCAGGACGAGAACUGGACCAAAUGCCAACUUGGCCAAUCAGCACCUCCUCAUAGAGAUGUAUUGCAUCAAUGCAUCUCUUUGAGAAAAAUUCAGCUUCACAAUGCAGAGCAUGGGGAUGCUCAACGGCAGUGCUGUAGUCUGUGCAGCACUGCUCUAGGAAGCACCUCCAGUGAGGAGUGGCCAUUGGAAGUGUCCCUAGGGGGCAAUGUUAACACUGCCUUUUCUCUGAAAAGUACAGUGUUUACAUGAAAUACCUGCAGGGAAUGAAUAUACUCACCAGAACUAAUACAUUAAGCUGUAGUAGUUUUGGCGACUAUUGUGUCCCUUUAAAAAUAACUCUUCUUUUAUUUUAUUUUUCCUGUAAAGUCAAAUCUGGAAUGGUUUAUGAGUUGCCUUGCAGCAGCUUAUGAGCAACCAAGCUGAAGUAGCAUUUUUGUUUUUGUCAACUUUGGUUUUUGUCCUUCCUUGUUAAGUUAACCAGUGUCUAAAUUUGAGAUUUGAAGUUGAUGAAUUGCAGCUGAUAUGACCCAAGGGAUUUGGAGUCUGGGAUAUUUUCUUAACUUGUUGAUAAAUUGUGUCAAGCCCUAAAUGUUGCAUGUUUCUUGCAGUCUGUGUCUGUGCACUCGUAACUGGCAUAACACGUCAGCAUAACCCAUUAAAGGGAAUCAGAAUUUAAACGUCUGAUAAAAUGACAUUUAACACCCCAAUAAACCUUUUGAACAAUGAUUGCCCAUUCUGGACACCAGCCUUCUGCAGAUUACACUAAAAACGCCAACAAAAUUACCGUAAUCAAAAAAGAUAUCUGCUGUAUGACUAUAAACUAAAAUGGAAAAUAAUGUGGCUUUAAUUAGGUACGUUGGCUUGGGGCCUCAGUGAUUAUUUGAGAUGUAGCUUCUAGAACACAGGGCAAACAUCACUGCCAAAAUAUGUUAAAAUAAUAUAGUACACUCUUCACUGCUCAGCUGUGAAAAAGCUUUGUGUAGAGCUACCCAACUUUACCGUCUUUUAAAGGAACCCUAUAUACACCAUAACCACUACAGCCUAUUGUAGUGAUAUUUUCAAUCAGUUUAACAAAAACCUAGAGAAACCUCUAAUGAAAACCCCUUUGUAUUGAGACAUAAUAAUGAGAAAACUCAAUAUGGCGGUCAGACUACUGGCAUGGUGGGUGAUUCAGCCACAAUAAGCAGGCAUUUUUAUAAUGGACAAGAUCCUUUAGCCAAAGUCAAGACGACACAUGUUGUUUUAGUAAUGCACUGCUCUUGUUUCUGAAAUAAAACAUGUCACAAUGCUCUGUUUUCUUUUAAAAUGUAUAUUGUAAAUAUGUAGCAUUUGACGUAACAAUGCAGUUCGAUCCUGGCACAGUAAGGCACACAUUGCUUUGAAGGAGCAGAAGCUGAAGAAUUGUUUCUGCUUGUCCUUCUUUUUUGUGCUCUUUCUGUCCUGACUGUCUAAAUCUAAAUGGAAGAGCUUAUAACAAUGAUUGGCACUCGGUCAGUUCAAAAAAUUUUUUUAAAGGGAUCCUAUGGUUCUGAAAAUAACAAUCGUUAUUUUGGGACAAUAGUCUCCCUUCUUGCAAUGUGCACAGUGUCCAUCCCCAUUUUGUCCUGUAAAAAGUAAUCUAAAUAUUACCCACCACGUUUCGAGUGGCAGGACUCCUUCGUUGGAGCCUCCAGCUCCCCCUUCGGUGAUGUCAGCAAACAUGCUGACGUCACCCACAAUUUCGUCAUCAAGUGCUUCUCACAGAGAAUCAUUGGAUUGGAGAGUGCGCAUGCAGUCAAACACCGUGCUCCUCCAAACAAAUUUUAUCUGCAGAGUAUGAUUGCAGGACAUAGUUUUACUCAGUUAUGGAGAUGAAAGUGUCUCACUGAGAUGAAGAGGUCUAAUUGUUUGUAAUGGUUCUGAAAAUACUGUGGUGAGAAUCUUUGCAUUUAAUUUUUAUUGAUCUCUCAAACACAUUUUUGUUCACUAUAGUGGGUAAGUAGACAAUAUAAAAACCUAUUAAAUGCUCCAAAAAUGAACAUGAGCUUUGUCCUAAAUAUUAUGUAGUAAAAGCUGGAAUAAUACAAUGGGGCCAAUAUUUGUGUCUUGCAGGAAAUGCUGGGUUCAUAUUACAGCAUCCUACGUACUCGCUUGGAGACCAUUUGGCUUACAGGAGGCAGGAACAGAGCACAGAGCGUCGAAUUGGACGCAAACUACAAUGCAUCGGAGAUCAGUUUCACAGACAUCAUUUACAAAAGGUAAAAAACACAUUGUGGUACGCAAUGUAUUGCCAAUAACUACCAACGUUAUUUUUAAGGCGAAAGUGCUACAGUGGAACAAGUACAACACUACAAAAAAGUAAAUUCUAAAAUUGUGAGAAAUGUUGCGUAGCAAAAAUUACCCUUUUUUUUUUUUAAGUAAAUCUUUAAUUGUACAACAUUAUUUAAACUAAACGUAAAUCCUGCCCCACACAAUUAUUGUGUCCUAUAUCAAUUAUAGCAUUUCCAGAAUUCCAGUAUGUAAAUCCCAGUGUUCUCAUUUAAAUAUUUUCAUGGAAUUUUUUAAUCCAUGGUAGUUGCUGUGUGUAAGGCAGGUCAUGCAUAUGUACUCUGGGAAUCUUAUUCUCAUUUACACUUGCAAAGCAUGUGCAAGUAAUCCUGGGAAGAAGAUUCAUUUGCUUAGGAUAUCAGGAAUAAAAGCAUAUAUUUUAAACCAUAAGAAGCUAAAACAAGAGGAAUGGUUAAAACUCAAAAAUAAAAAAAAUCUCUUAAGAACUCAUUCAUUAAAGAGUAUUAAAGGGACACUAUAGUCACCAAAACAACUUAAGCUAAAUUAAGCAGUUUUUGUAUAUAGAUCAUGCCUCUGAAGUUUUACUGCUCAAUUCGUUGCCAUUUAGGAGUUCAAUCACUUUUCUUUCUGUCUGUGCAGCCCCAGCCAAACCUCCCCUGGCUGUGACUCAUACUGCCUGCAUGACAAAAAAGGUUUUUAUUUUCUUUAAUAACUUUAAUAACAAAUAUGAGGUUCCUGCGGGGUCUAGCAAGCUAUUAACAGAGCAGGAGACGAGAAAUGCUGAAUUAAACAGAACGUGCAAUAAAGGAAGUGUAAACAUUAUAAAACUCUUUGCAGGAAGUGUUUAGGAAGGCUGUGCAUGUCACAUGCAGGGAGGCGUGACUAGGGCUGUAUAAACAAAGUUAUUUAACUCCUAAAUGGCAGAGAAUUGAGCAGUGAGACUGCAGGGGUAUGAUCUGUACACCAAAACUGCUUCAUUAACUAAAGUUCAUUUUGGUGCCUAUAGUGUUCCCUUUUAAAUGCAUAAAUCGCAAAAGAGAAAUGAUCCAGCCAAGCAGCAAGUGCAACUUACCACUGUUUGGGGACAUUUUAAUGAUUUGUUAUGAUAUAUGAAAACUUAUACAAGGACUUCAAACUCUUGGUCAAGUGGAAGAAGAGUGAGAUGGACUGGAACAUAGAAGCAAGACCCUGAAGUUUUGAGAUGCUUUACUACUGCUGCCGAGGAAACAACGAGUGGACACACAAUAUAUGGAGCUUACACAUUGCAGGUAGGAAGGACACACUUUCUGUAAUAAUAAUUUGCAUUAACAUUGUAUUUUGUGAUGUGCGGUAGGAAACCUGUUGUUUUUAUUCUUGUGAAUAUAAUGCUUUAUUGUCAUUCGAUUCAAGUAACAACAUGGCUAUAAAAGGUACACCAUUGGACACGGAGGUCCACAAAUGCAGGUAUAGAUUGGUAUCACAGAACUGAAUAGCAUUUUACAGUGAUAAUGGAAAUUGGAUAUGCAGUUUCCAUAUAUAACAGUCAAACUUGGCUAGUUGUCAUAUUGCCAUAUUGUAAACUUGCAGGCCUGGCAACCUCAGUAGUAAAUGCUGAUCCUCACUAGCUGGCCCGGACAUUACUCUAAUCUCAAUAUCCCAGAAGACUCUUAGAAAAACAAAAUUAACAAUAAGGUGGGGUAAAGGGGUUUAAGAAGCGAGGGUGGAGUUACACAGGCAUCAAAGGUGUGUACAAAUACAAAAAACCUCUUAGGUGGCACCUACACUAACCAUUCACCUUGCUUUCUUAAGCUUCUGGCAAAGAUAUCUCUAAUGAGACAGAGAGGGGUAUUUUUUAUAUACACCCUUACAUGCUUAUUGGAACACAUGGGAUGGGUGGCAGCAUUGUAACAUAGCUGUGUGGUACAAAAGUGAAUACAAAUACAGAAAAACAAGUCUUGCGCUCAUACUCCCACUAACGACCAUAGCACACAUGAUUGCAGAUAAUCACAGCCCACAGUAACCAGGUAAGAAACCACCUGGGCUGUGAAUCUGUGCACGGGGGCUUGGCAGGAACACUAACCAACACCUGUUGGGUGGCAACGUCUAGCCGUCUGGAUGGCACAGGGAGAACCGUGACACAGACCUCCAUGGUUGCAUUGGUGAUAGAUGAUGUUAAGUGUAGGAUCUACUGUGGAUAGGUGUCUUUCUGUUGAGUCCUUAGCCAACUGUACACACAACCUUUCAGAACUUGUAGAGCACCAGUGGAUCACCUGCGAUAGUUGUUCUGUCAAUUUGUGAAAAUCCUGCUCAUAGAGAGCUUUGAAGAACCAUCUCUGGGUAAGAGGCAGUGAGGCUAACCCCACAGGUAGGACUGUUCUCUCCAUCGCUAUCCUGGUUCUGUCUCCACUCUCCCAGACCUGUGAUGUUCUGCUGCCUACAGACUGUUACAUUAAAAUAAAAUGAUCAGUUUGUGAUGAUGUGUUUGUCUAAAACUGUUCUGUAUCUACUAUCUUGUACUCGACCGAAUUGUAUUAACCAUUAUUAGGCAGCAACCUUAAAUUUGAAUGGGUAUAAAUAAGUACCAACACCAGAAUUAGUGCGAAUUUUUUUUGCGUUUAGUGAAGAACCACACUUGCAUUUGGUGACCUCUCUGUGGCAGUAGUGGUAUCACCUUCUUUCAGGAGGCAAGACUAAAUGUUUCUGUGAAUGUUCUUAAAAAAACAGGUUAUACAUUAAGAUUGAAGAGUAAAUGUUCACAUGAGAAAAUGUGUUUUUCUUUCCACUCCUAGUGAUCUCCUCUUGAGGGGAAAUGUGACCAUGUGUCUGUGGUGUCAUGUCCUGGCAGCUACUUGUACAUUUUCCAUUUCUGGACUUUUUACCUAUUGGUAAAUGUUACUAUUUAGUACUAUAAGACUAGUAGAUAAGCAGGAAGUUCUAUAGCUGCUUAAAGGGUCACUAUAGUCACCAAAAAAACUUUAACUUAUUGAAGCAGUUUUGGUGUAUAGAUCAUUUCCCUGCAAUGUCACUGCUCAAUUUUCUGGCAUUUAGGAGUUAAAUUACUUUGUUUAUGCACCCUAGUCACACCUCCCUGCAUUUGACUUGCACAGCCUUCCUAAACACUUCCUGUAAAUAGUCAGCUAAUGUUUAUACUUCCGUCAUUGCAAAUUCUAUUUAAUUUAAAAUGUAUUAUCCCCUGCACUGUUGAUAGCUUGCUAGACCCUACAGAAGCCUCCUGUGUAUGAUUAAAGUUCAAUUUAGAGAGCAGUCAUUUUUUUCUUUUAUCCAUGGAAUGUGAGUCACAGCCAGGGGAGGUGUGGCUAGGGCUGCAUGGACAGAAACAAAAGGGAUGUAACUCCUAAAUUCCAGAGAAUUGAGCAGUGAGACUGCAGGAUUAUGAUCUAUACACUAAAACUGCGUCAUUAAGCCAAAGUUUUUUUGGUGACUAUAGUGUCCCUUUAAAGCCCACUUGGGGUGCUAAUGGCUGAAAUGUGUGCGUUCCUUUACCCAUCAGCUUGACUUUCUUGUAUCAUACAUUCUCCCUUCCUGAGAAUGUUGACCACUUAGUAGAACUAUAUAUGUUCUGUUAUACUGUUAUAUUCUUAAAGUUACUAUAUAGCUUUUUAAAUAAACAUUUGCAGCAGAAGUUAUCUAUAAAAUUGUCUGAUUUAAAUUAUUGUUAUAAUGAGCAAUAUGUCCGUUACAUUGAAUGAGUAACCAUUGCAAAAUUCAAAUUCACAAUUUCCAAAAUGCCAGCAUGUUAAAUGUAUAUACAAAUAAUUAAAUUGUAGACAAUUUACUUUAAACUUCAUGCCUUUGUAAGUUAUAUUUUUCUUUAUCUUUCAGAUUGUCAAUGUUAGACAAAAGUCUACUUUCUGCGAAGAUUGCUACAAUUCUAGAUUAAAGGGUUAGUCCAAGAAUCAUAACCACUAAAGCCCGCUGUAGUGGUAAUGAUGCCAUGAAUAUCCUGUCUCAGUUCCCCGUUAAUGGGGCAAACCAUUUUGCAAUGGUUUGCUCACUUACCUGGGUCUCCACUGAGCUCCAAUACUCCCUUGUGGUACAGUUAUGCGCUUCCAGGCUCUGCCGAAGCUAGAAGCCGCAACGAUUGACAUUUAUUGGCUAAGAGCGUAAAUUGACCGCUCUCAGCCAAUUACUGGCAAGCUGCACAGAAUUGACAUUAGCCAGCCCGGACACCCCUAUUGCGCUCCCGGAGGUGGUGGUAGCUAUGGGGCUAAUCACUGUGCAGCAUUACAUAGUGCAUUACAUGGACUCCAGGCACCUUGACAACUUUAUAUCCACUGAUGUGGUCAUGGUGUUUGGAGUAACCCUUUAAUGUCAAUCGUAGUAGGAACUGAUUUGCAAUUUAUUUUCUCCUAAUCAAACUCAAAGCAGAUCAGUUUUACAUCAUACUUGAAGUUCACUUUAAAGAAAGACAAUGCAGAAAUGGGUAUAUAGAAUAUUUAACUGUUUGUAAGUAUAAUUCAUGUGUAUUUAUUGCUAUUUAUAAUAUAACAUACAAAGGCCUUGAUUUAAUUAUUUUGGCUAAGCUUUUCAAAUGAUUUAAUAAUCAAUUUUAAUUAAACGUUUAGAAUUAUUUUUUAAAAAUAUGCAAUAUAAACAAAAUAUAGCAUAUAAAACAAGCAAACUCUUAAAAACAUUUUCAAAACAUUAAAUAACUUUUAAACAUUUAUCCAAGAAUAUUUAAAUCAUAUGAAACGCUUAGCCAAAAAUAUUGCAUCGAAGCCUUAAUUAAUUGUCGACCAUAAGGAAGCCAAAUCAAAAACCACACCUAGCCUCAUCCUAACAUGAUUUAAGGUGAAUGCCAGCUCUCUGUCCCUCUACCACCAUUAAGGCAUAAAAACUAUAGUGACCCCCUCCCUCGCGCUCCCCCUCCCUGUUACUGCAGAAGGGGUUAAUGGAAAGUGUGAGGACAUCCAUCGUGAAUUAGGUGACCAAAAUUAGCCGGCAUGGGGGACCUAAUGGUCAUGCGUAGCGAACGACGCACUCGCAAAUAGGACUUCCUCUAUAGGAAUGUAUUGUGUAAUGCUUUCCUAUGAGGUUUGGGUGAUGCUGGAUGUCCUUAGCGUGAGGACGUCUAGAGUCAGUUACUGACCCGGAAGUACCUCUAGUGUCUGUCUGGUAGACAACCACUAGAGGUGGACUUAACGCUUGCAGGGUUAAGGGUCUUCGGACAUUGCACCUAGACCACUUCAAUGAACUGAAGUGGUCUGGGUGCCUAUAGUGUCCCUUCAAGUAUGCAGCAUUGGUUCGGAUGUAGCUAUAGGGAAUGUGACAUUGACUGCACAGGGCCAGCAGUCCCAUGAUGAUGUAUAAUGUACUCUGGACCUCAUUAGAGCCUGGCAUUAAAGAGCCAGAGGCAAUACAAGCUCUCGUUGUUAGCCAAGUAGCAUAGAAAACCAUCUCAGAACAUUCUCAUACAAUCUAACUGCAGGAGGAAAUCUCCCAAUCUCCUAGACACUCAUACAAUUAUUCAGUACAGUUAAAGCCACCCAGACCAUUUCAUCUCAAUGAAGUGGUCUGGGUGCAGUGGUCCUUUACUUUUAACCCUAUAAUGUAAAACAUGGCCUUUUAGUAGAUACAGAAAAGCUUACAUAGCAAGGUUGGCUACGUCUUUAGUGGCUGUCUACUUGACAGUCAACAGAGGCCCUUCUAGCUUAAUUCUCACACCUAACCUCUAUAUGAUUGGAGGUGCACAAUGCUGGCUGUGCAUGUGCUUUUCGUCCGCAAUGUUCCUCUAUUAGAAGUAUUUGAUUGGACGAGAGAUGGGUCAAUGUGACAUCGCAGGAGGCAGAAUGAGCGUCUGCAGGGACUGAAUAUUAGCACUGGGGGGAAAAAAGGUAAGUAAAACUUUUUUAUUUAGGUUAAGGGGGGGGCACAUAAACUAAAUGCAGAGGAGAACACUAUAGCAUACAGGUUUGUGUUCCUAACGCUAUAAUGUUCCUUUAAACAUAAAAAUCAAGAUUAUUAAAAAGAUAGUACAUUGGUUAUAAUCGUUUACGGUAGUUUAUUAUGUUGGAUUUAUUAAUACUUGUAUUUUAAUUUGUGAAAUAUUUGUAUAUUUUGUGUUAAUAUUAAAAACUAUGUUGAACUUUAAAAUUGUUUUGCGUUUUUGUAUCACAAAAAUAUUGUAUUUAUACAGAGUACAACUGCAGUAUCACGCAAUAAGUUUUUAUUUAUUUGUUUAUCCUAUGCAGAAGCACUGGGGUAGGGAUAAAAACUUUUAUGUUGAUGAUCACAUCGAUUUUACUAAAGUCUGCCUGUAUUUUUAUGGUAUUACCUCAAAGUUAUGUCCAAACGCCACUUACUGACAGCCGCAAUUUAACCGUCACGCCAAAACAAGUUUCCAACCAGAGUGAAAUCACUCAAAAGGAAAAUGGAUACACUUUAAAUUAGCCAAGUUUUUGUUGGCAUGAUUGAUAUGCCUAAUGAUACCAAGUGUCAUGUCUCGCUAAACGACUGGCACCAAUCAGAUUAACCCAUUGACUUGUAAAGUGUAUAGCAGUACAAUGUUCUGUGUUCUUCUUUCAUGGAAAGUUAAAUAAAACAUUGUCAAUAAUAAAUACAUAGGACCAUAAGACCCUAACAUUCAAUCAGAAAUGUUUGGCUUUUUUGCUUGUUCUGUAUGUAUACAAAAGUUGGGAUCUAAUGGGCUUCUGAAAACCUAAAGUGGCAAUGUGUCAUGUGUGGUGUUUUUUAACUUAUUUUUUUCACAGUCCCCUCUUUGUUCCCUUCCUUUCUUUAUAGUCAUUAUCUUUUCUUAAUACCUGGGUGCCUUCAUUUUUGUUCUUCCCUAUUCAUGAUGUCUAAAGUUUGAUCUUUUGUGGGAUUUUUUUUUGAAAGGUUGUGGGUUAAUUAACUUAAGGGAUCAUAUAGUGCCAGGAAAAGAAAGCCGUUUUCCUAGCACUAUAGGUUUAAAAGUUGCGCAAUGCUGAAGGGGUUAAAACUCCUUUAGCCACUUACCUGAAUCCAGCGCCAGUGUCCCUCGGCGCUCGGUCAGACUCCGCCCCUGCUCCUGGCUGCGCUCGCAUUAGGAUUUCUCCAUAGGAAAGCAUUAUUCAAUGCUUUCCUAUGGGGAAAAAUCUGACGCUGGAGGUCCUCAUGUCUGGAUAGUAAUUAUUGCAGUUUCUGAAUAACUGCAAUGAUUACUAUUGCAGGGUUAAGGGACAUGGGGUGUUGCACCCAGACCACUUCAAUGAGCUGAAGUGGUCUGGGUGCCUACAUGUCCCUUGAACGUAGGAAUUAGUUUUUUUUUUCUUUUCUUUUUUUCACCAUAGUUGAAGUAUCUAUUUGCUUUAAAAACUUGAUGAAAGGAUUAUCAUAUUCAAAAAUAUGUUUGAGCUGACAGUUGUCCAUUAAAAGGACAAUGCAUCCGUUCCUGCUUGCCGUAUUAACUUCCCUAAUUAGGGCUAGUCUAUUCAGGUUAGUAGUAGUCCUGGGUUGCCUCUCUUGCAUUCUUGCCUCUCCCACCACAAACCAUGUACCUGAUGCCUUCUGAACACAGGUGAGUAUACCUGAGUUAUAAGGGAAAGGCAGCCGGGAGUCAAAUAGAGUUAUAGUCUAAGGACCGGUUGAUUGUUUCUGUCUCUCUGUAGAAGGAAGCUUUGAUCCAGUGAGCUUGUCCUGUACUGUAGGGUUUGAAUCAGGGGUAGGCAACCUUCCUGUAGUACUGUACCAAAACAAGAUCUUGAAGUCUCUCGACAUGCCAGUCCUAGUUUUUUGUAUGUUUCCGUAUUUUGCUCGUGUUAUUUAUGGGUGCUGCAGUUGCUUUUCGGCACUGUAUUUGUGCGUAUACGGUCUCUUAUUUUGUAUAUGUUCAUGGGUAGUUUGUGGUAUUGUGUCUGAUACCUAUUUGUGUAUAAUGGCUACUUGUGGAAUUGUAUGUCUGGAUGACAUAUCACAGUGUGUGUUUGGUAGUAUGUGUUUGCGUGGGGCUGCUUGUUCUAUUGCAUAUGAGAGGGUGAUUGUGGUGUUGCGUGUGUGAAUGUGGAUUGUAAGAGGCGUUGUGCUUGUGGAUCUGUGUGUGGGCUGUUUGUAUUAUUAGUAUGAGGGUGAGGCUUAUUCUAUAGCUAUAUAUAUCUAGCAGGUGGGUGGCUUUCCUGGGGUCCAGGCUUGCAAGGUGCAGAUCAAGGGUAGGAGCUGCAAGAGCUGCUGAGGUCUGUUCUACUCCAGUGCGGAUUCCUGUUCACAAGUGAGGGGAGGAAGUGAUCUCAGAUUACUUCCUCUAAGUGCUACAAUCGUAAAUUGAGGGUUGUCCCUCACCACCUGCAAUCACCGUUCGGUUUGCACUAGCAGAUAUCUCAAGUCCCACUGGGACUCCUGGUAGGCCAAAGCCUGUUUGUCUCUGGCAGCCUUGAAUGACGUGCAAAGGCGCCUCGAGUGCCAUAGAUUGCCGCCAUUGGAUCAAGAGAGCUAAUGGUAGCUCCUAGCAGGACGUGCUCCACACUUCAUGUUAGCAUUUGUCCUAUUCAACACCUAACUAGAUAUUCUACAUGACAAAGAGUAAUAUGGUUGAUGUACUGUACCUUCUGUAGUGCUACACCAUAAUUUUCCAAAAAAACAUUCUCCCCUAGUUUAACAUCAAUAAAGAUUUCAUCCUCUUUGUAUCCAAAAAGAAAAAUGGUAAACGAAUAAAAUAAUACAACUGCAGAAUAAAUUAACUUAUUUUGUAUAUAUUUAAGUUUACUAUUUUGUAACGGUGUAUAACACACUCCCCAGGACAUUGAAGCAACACUCUAGACACCAAAAAAUUAUGUUUAUUUGAAUUUCGUGUAUGCUGUCAAUUUAUGUCCUGGAAACGUAAGAUGAUGUUUUUUUAAAAAUCAAGAAUGAUUUUGACAUUUGCAAAAAAUUCGAAAUGUCUUCUAUAAAGGGUUAAUGUGUCACGAGCAGAGCACACUUUUGUGAUACUGUGUUCUUUUCUACUAGGAAAAAAGGUUCAACGUCUGUCAAGAGCAAGCAGUUGUAGAACUUGUUUUGCUGAAAUCUGAUUCCAUUUUCUUUGAAUACAAUAUUUUAUGACCGGGUAGACGGUGUGUGUGUAUGUGUAUGUGUGUGUGUCAAAAGGUGAAAUAUAUCAGUCAAAAAAAAAAAAAAAAGAAAACAUUGAGCAUGUGAAGGCAAAUUCACUCAUAACUCCCCCAUCCUUUUUUUCCCUUUGGCAACUGAUAGUGGACUCCUGGGGAAGAGAAAAUGUCUUUCUCCAGCUGACAGGGUAGAGAUCAGAUAUAUAAGAAUACCUCUCAAGAGGAUACUGAGACAAUGCUUCUUAUUGACUCGAGAAACUAAAAACAUCAGACUAAUUAUGGUGACAUACAGAGAGGGAUUAAGCUCCCAUGGGGUCCUCCUCGGCAAGUUAGCAGUUUGAGGCCCUCUCUUUACUCAGAGCACAGGAAUGGUGAAUCAGGACACGUCUUUUCAUGGUGCCAGGCCUCCCUCUCUAAUGAAACUGUAUAAGGACACCUUAUGGCUAAUUUGGCUAUGGUUAAAUACAGAACAAAUUUGUAUAGAAAAGAAAGAGAAGGCAACUGUUGGAAUAUUUGGAGAAUAUUAUAAACUAAACAGAUGCCCAUCAGAUACAGGUAAACCGGUUGGGCCAAAAUCAAAGGCUUUCUAUUGCAUCACCCCAUGAGAAUUAAUUAAAGGAUCACUAUAGUGUCAGGAAAACAAAGCGGUUUUCCCUGACACUAUAGUGCCCUGAGGGUGCCCCCACCCUCAGGGUCCCCCUCCAGUGGCGUUGAAGAGGUUAAAACCCCUUCAGCAGCUUACCUUAUUCCAGCGCCAGGCUCCCGCGGCGCUGGUGACCUCUCCUCCCCCGCCAGCUCCCUCUGCCGACGUCAGCGGAGCCGAAUGCGCAUGUGCGGCAAGUGCCACGCACGCAUUUAAACUGUCAAAAGGAAAUAAUUUCUCAAUGCUUUCAUAUGGACUCUCUGCUCGGUGGAGGCAGCCACUAGAGGCUGGCUUAACCCCAAAUGUAAACAUAGCAGUUUCUCUGAAACUGCUAUGUUUGCAUCCAAAGGGUUAAAACCUGAGGGACCUGGCACCAGGCCACUUCAUUGAGCUGAAGUGGUCUGGGUGACUAUAGUGUCCCUUUAAAUCAAAAGUCCUAUCCAUCUACUAGGUACUCUUAAUCUCAGCUGCAUUUUUAGACUUCUUCAUUAUUAUAAUGAAGAAAUAUAUCGGUUUCUUUUAUUUAUUUAUUUUAGUUAGGAUUUGGAUAGAAAAUGUGUGCUUUGUUUACACAUUACACCUGUAGUCCUCCAUCUUACUGUCAAUUCUUCAGAUCAAAUGCUUUGGGCACUGUUAGCUUAGUGAGGUCUCCUUAACGCGAUAGAAUUUAACCUUCAACCCAUUGAAUUAAGGUUUCAGCUACAUGUAUGACAUUAAACCUCUGUUAGGACAAUUAAAGGGACACUAUAGGCAGCAAAACAACUUUAGUUUACUGAAGGAGUUUUGGUUUAUAGAUUAUUCUCCUGCAGUAUCACUGCUCAAUUCUCUGCCAUUUAGGAGUUAAAUCACUUUGUUUAUGCAGUCCUAGCAGGGAUUUUUGCCGCCCUAGGCAAAAGAAAAAUUGCCCAACCCAUAUGAUCUGCCAUAUGAACGAACGCCAGUGCUGCACACAGUGUGUGUUUACAUUAAAAAGCCUACAGAGACAGUCUAUAGACACCAGAACCACUACAUGAAGCUACAGUGGUUCUGGGGACUCUAGUGUCCCUUUAAUGUGAGGUAAAUUAGAUAUUCGUGCCAGCGGGCCCUCUAGUUCUACGUCGCCAAGGAGGGUCUCUGUGUCCAGUCCAAGUCCGAAUCACUUUCUGAUCCCUGUCAGUCUCCACUUGAUUCCACUAUACUGUUAUCCCAUGGUUCCCAAGGUUUCUGGAAUGCUGCUGUCGUCCCCUUCACCCUUGCUGUCAGGUCGUCCAUGAUUCUACAUUCUCUUAUCCUGAAUAUCACCCCCCGAAACUCUGGGCCCUCAGGUGAGAGUCAUGCAGUUGCUAACGCUCUGCGCGCACUUAGAGUUAUCUUAUGUACCAGUUUCUGCUCUCUUUUUGUCCACCCCUCAAUUAAUCUGUUUAGCAAAUAUAUCCACGGGUCCAUUACUAGGGGUCUGUCGAACAUCUGUUCCAGUAACUCCUCUACUGACUUCCAGAAAAUGCGUAUCUUCGGGCAUUCCCACCACAUAUGAAUAUACGUACCUCUUGUUCUGCAGCCCCCCCAACAAUCAUCCGUGUCUAUUUUGUGCAUUUUAUAUAGCUUUACUGGAGUAGUGUACCAUCUGAGCAUGGUUUUCCAUGCCUGCUCCUGGAUUGUGACACACAUGGAAGUAUAUUUGUUCGCUUCCCAUAUCUCCUGCCAUUGAAUUCCUUCCAGUACCUCCCCCAGGUCUGCCUCCCAUUGAUCGGUGUAUGGUAGUCUACCACAUUCUUUAUUUUCAGUACUAAGAUGAGCAUAUAGAAGAGUGAUCAUGCCCUUGGGUGCGGCUCCGUCCAAGCAUAAUCUCUCGUAAAAAGAUAGUUUACCUUGGGCUGCAGUUCUAAUAUGGGGUCUUCUCGCGAAAUCUUGUAUCUGGACAUAUCUAAAAAAAUCUGCAGGGGUUAAGUGAGUUCCUUGUUGGAGUUCUUCAAAUUGGACAAUUUCUCAGUUUCGAUAUAAUUGGUGGAUCCGUUGUAGCCCGGUUCUUUCUAUGUUUCUGUUUUCAAUUUUGUGAAUAGGUCUGAUAGUACUUUGUUUAGUAAACAGACAGAGUUAUUCACUCAAGUGAGAAUGGUCAGUUAUGUUUCCAGUUGAGCUUUAAUAGUCUCUGUUUAUUAUGAAUUCCUAAAUAUUCGCACUUUACUGAAUAACCUUCUUUUUGUUUUAUUUUUUUUGGUGCUGACAACCCAUUUGCAGUGUAUAACCCACAUUUGCUGAGUUUGUGGAAACAAAAUACUCAUCUUGGUCUAGUAAGAUUUUUUUUUUUCAGAUUCAAUUUCAGUCUCCGUUUUUUGGGGGGGUUUUUUUGCUCUCGUGUCAGCUUCCCCACGUCUCACUGUUUAGUGAAUAAAGCCCGUAGUGUUACUUCCUCCAGCAGGUUGACACACAUAGUGGCAGGCAAACAUAAUCGCUCUGACACUUACGUACUUAAAGCUCUCUUUACAAGCACCGAGAGUCUGUCUGCUAAAAAUAACAAAAUAAAACAAAACAAGCUAUACCACGAAAAAUAGCGAUCGAUUUAUGAAAAAGUCAGAUCCAGCUGAGUUUAAUGAAUAAUUAAGUUAGAUAUUAUAAAAACGCCCAUGAAAAAAAUAAUAAUAAUAAAGCCAGCAGACGAGAAGGCCCAAAUGGUCUUUAUCUACCCUCAAACUGUGUUUCUCUCCUGGCAGCAAUGCUCUAUACUCGAGAAAAGGGUUGAAUAGGGUCAGUGCGAGGAAAAUUAAGAAACGGUGGGGGAGAGAGAAAAAUACAGAUAAUAGGAGGGGGUGAAGGCAUUGCGUGAUUAUAACAAGGGACAGCAUAGCUGUGUGUGUUUUGUGGCUGCCCUCCUCCCCCCUGUUUAUAUCGCUCUCUAUAUUUAGCUGGUGAGUCAUGAGACGUUUCAUUACCCACAAUCCUUUUCCAGCACCUGACUGGCUUAUUUUUUUUUUUCUUCUUCUUUUUUUUUUUUUUACUUUUUUUUUUUUUUUUUUUUUUUUUUUUUUAAACAUUUUUUUUGUAUGUUUUCAUAAGAAGCCAACUAAAGAUCACCCUGAGGGCAUCAGACCAUUCUCCAAGUUUUGCCUUUUCCUUUUACUUCACUCUAUGGGCUUAACCAUUUAAGUGCCAGGGAGAUGUACAUAAAUACACAUAUAUAUAUAUAUAUAUAUAUAUAAUACACAAGAUUGCUGUUUAGUGGAUAGGUGAGUGCGCUGGAUCUUGUGUAUUGUAUUAUUUGGCCCCCAGCAGCACCCCCAUUUAUGCAUGUUAAGGUGAGUGCAGCCAACCCCCUCUUGUUUUAUAUAUAUAUAUAUAUAUAUAUAUAUAUACACACACAAUUUCUGAGCUGAAUUAAUGGCAAAAGAUGAAUUAGUUGCCAAACAGGUCUGUAACUCUCACUAAUUUUGUGUUGGGGUUAGUUAACUACUGACACUCUGUUUACCAUGUUCCUGAACCCUUAAAGGAACACUAUAGGGUCAGGAAUAUUCCUGACCUUAUAGUGUUAAAACACUAGGUUGAAAUCCCCCCUCUUAUCAACCUUAAAAAUAGUGAAACCUUUUAUUACAGUGCCUCGUGGGUCUGCCGGCGCUGGCCCCGCCCCAGAUCCAUCUCCUUGGCUGAGAUCAUCAAAACUGACAAUCUCAGCCAAUCCAAUGGUUUUUGAUUCACUUCCGAUACUUCUAUUUUAAAUAAAACAAAUUCUAAAAAUCUAGUAAGAUUUUAAUGAAUUUUGCCAGAGGAAGUGCCCUUUGUACUCCUAACUCCCUAAUACAUUAUAUGUUCUACCUUUGAGUGGCUUUCUACUUGAUGUACACAGGAUAAAACUGAAGAACUUGUGCACUCCACGCUUCCCUAGGAUAAAGAUGUUCUAUAAAUUAGUACCCUCCGCAUUCCCUUAUGUGAUGAUGGAUAUGCUUCAGGGCUUUGUGAGAUCCAUGCUGCCUACUAUCCUUGAAAAAGGAUGGCGUGGAGCUUUCAUGAUGAGGUACCGGAAGGCACAAAACGCGUAAGUGGUGGUCCUUUAGUUCCUCCCUCCCCCACCCCAUAUAUCCUAGCCAAGUGUCCUUUCUAUGGGAGUGAUUGUAAUCUAUACUAAUCGUUGGAUUAAGGCGUCUUCCUUCUAACAUAUGGAGAAGAUCCGGGAUUUUACUUUUUUUAAAUUUUAUAUUUUUUUUUAAUAUAUUAUGUACAGCAGUAGGUUUGGAACAAAAAAACUGCAAUUAGAAUGGGAAGAAUCAAAUCUUAUUUAAAAAUAAAAUUAAAAUAAAUGCUAAAAAUACACACAUAGCAUAGCGAACCUGAUCUACGUAAUUAUACCAAAAAUGUGUGAGUGCUCAGUUUAUCCCUUUAUUAACAGUUUACUAUUUCAAAUUGUGCUUUUGUACAAAUUAACAGAGUAGAUGGCCUUUGUUAUAGAAACUAAUAGAUACGCAAAACAUUACACUGUACACGUUUAUUUUCUAUUGAAAGAAAUAAAUGUUACUCAGCUUGAAAAAUAUAUUGUUGUUUUAACUGGACCCAACUUUAAAGAAAGCCCAGUAGGGCUCAUUAUUUAUGACUUUUUGUACGAUAUAGCUAUAAAGUGAUUUGGGCAAUGCUUGUGGGAGAGGAGGGAUAGUUGUAUUUUCUAUAAUUUUUUUUCUUUUAUUUUUACUCUAUAAAAUCCCAGUUUUUGCUGCCUCAGCAGUGUGGUUUAAAUUGAAGAUUAACCUUGGAACCUUCACAGUGUCAAAUCACUUACAGAUGGAUCACCACUCUCUCCCAAACAUUUCACCUUGGGACUUUAAGGAGAGUUUUCACGCAGAGAGGUCUGGGCUGAAAACAUUUUUUUCGCUACAAGUGCAGCUGUGGCUUUGACAAAUGCAAUGAUUUAUCAGAUAGUGAAAACAUUUGGCUAUAGACAGCAGGAUUCUACCAGCGGAAAGUGUAUUAAAAAAGUCAUACAUACAUCUGGGCCUUAAACUUUGGAGACUCCACAAAUCUAUACUAAAUAUAAAACUCAGUCACGGCGGCUCAUAGCGAAAAGUUAGGGGUAAUGAAAUGUGUAUCUAAUUAAUUGGCAGUUAUGGUAAACAGUAUGUAAUGCUUAAAAUAAAUCCUAUGUUAUUUUAAAGGGAUAUUGUACACAUUGGAACUGCUUUUUUAUUAUUACCUUUACUAUCACCACCAUCAUUAUUUAUAUAGGGAGGGAGCAAUUUAUCAAUAAAUGAGACCAUUACAAAAUGUUACAGGAAAAAUAGGUUGAUAAGGACUCCGCUCGAUAGAGCUUGUAACCUAGCAGAGGAUGGGCAGCGCGGUGGGUAGGAGAAUUGAACGUGAGAUUUGGCAGUGGCCCUACAGGGAGUGCAGAAUUAUUAGGCAAGUUGUAUUUUUGAGGAUUAAUUUUAUUAUUGAACAACAACCAUGUUCUCAAUGAACCCAAAAAACUAAUUAAUAUCAAAGCUGAAUAUUUUUGGAAGUAGUUUUUAGUUUGUUUUUAGUUUUAGCUAUGUUAGGGGGAUAUCUGUGUGUGCAGGUGACUAUUACUGUGCAUAAUUAUUAGGCAACUUAACAAAAAACAAAUAUAUACCCAUUUCAAUUAUUUAUUAUUACCAGUGAAACCAAUCUAACAUCUCAACAUUCACAAAUAUACAUUUCUGACAUUCAAAAACAAAACAAAAACAAAUCAGUGACCAAUAUAGCCACCUUUCUUUGCAAGGACACUCAAAAGCCUGCCAUCCAUGGAUUCUGUCAGUGUUUUGAUCUGUUCACCAUCAACAUUGCGUGCAGCAGCAACCACAGCCUCCCAGACACUGUUCAGAGAGGUGUACUGUUUUCCCUCCUUGUAAAUCUCACAUUUGAUGAUGGACCACAGGUUCUCAAUGGGGUUCAGAUCAGGUGAACAAGGAGGCCAUGUCAUUAGAUUUUCUUCUUUUAUACCCUUUCUUGCCAGCCACGCUGUGGAGUACUUGGACGCGUGUGAUGGAGCAUUGUCCUGCAUGAAAAUCAUGUUUUUCUUGAAGGAUGCAGACUUCUUCCUGUACCACUGCUUGAAGAAGGUGUCUUCCAGGAACUGGCAGUAGGACUGGGAGUUGAGCUUGACUCCAUCCUCAACCCGAAAAGGCCCCACAAGCUCAUCUUUGAUGAUACCAGCCCAAACCAGUACUCCACCUCCACCUUGCUGGCGUCUGAGUCGGACUGGAGCUCUCUGCCCUUUACCAAUCCAGCCACGGGCCCAUCCAUCUGGCCCAUCAAGACUCACUCUCAUUUCAUCAGUCCAUAAAACCUUAGAAAAAUCAGUCUUGAGAUUUUUCUUGGCCCAGUCUUGACGUUUCAGCUUGUGUGUCUUGUUCAGUGGUGGUUGUCUUUCAGCCUUUCUUACCUUGGCCAUGUCUCUGAGUAUUGCACACCUUGUGCUUUUGGGCACUCCAGUGAUGUUGCAGCUCUGAAAUAUGGCCAAACUGGUGGCAAGUGGCAUCGUGGCAGCUGCACGCUUGACUUUUCUCAGUUCAUGGGCAGUUAUUUUGCGCCUUGGUUUUUCCACACGCUUCUUGCGACCCUGUUGACUAUUUUGAAUGAAACGCUUGAUUGUUCGAUGAUCACGCUUCAGAAGCUUUGCAAUUUUAAGAGUGCUGCAUCCCUCUGCAAGAUAUCUCACUAUUUUUGACUUUUCUGAGCCUGUCAAGUCCUUCUUUUGACCCAUUUUGCCAAAGGAAAGGAAGUUGCCUAAUAAUUAUGCACACCUGAUAUAGGGUGUUGAUGUCAUUAGACCACACCCCUUCUCAUUACAGAGAUGCACAUCACCUAAUAUGCUUAAUUGGUAGUAGGCUUUCGAGCCUAUACAGCUUGGAGUAAGACAACAUGCAUAAAGAGGAUGAUGUGGUCAAAAUACUCAUUUGCCUAAUAAUUCUGCACUCCCUGUAUAAGAGAGAGCAAGAGAUAGGUUUGUGAAACAUAAAUUACUACCGCUAUUCUGAAGAGAUGGGUUUUGAGGGACUUCUUUAAAUUGUUGAAGACUAGGGGAUAGUCUGAUGGGAGUAGGCAGGCUGUUCCGGAGAAGAGGAGCAGCACGUUAUUGUGGGUUAGCAGUAAGGGUGCGAGCGGUGGAUAGAAGAAGGUCACCGGCCAAGCGGAGAGACCGAGAAGGGACGUACCUAUGAAUUGGUGAAGAAAUGUACUGGGGAGAUAGAGUGGUUUUAGAACUUUAUAAGUGUUAGUAUUUCAAAUUGCCUCAUAGGAUACAGCAAACCAAUGUAACACUGACAGAGGGGUGAGGUGUGAGAGGACCGACUAGAGAGGAAAAUCAGCCUGGCAGCAGCAUUCAUUACAGACUGUAGCAAGGCAAUACAGCUUCUGGGGAGACCAAUUAGAAGAGAAUUACAUUAAUCAAUGUUUGAAUUUGCAAGGACAAGCUUUUCAGUAGAAUUCUGUGUACAGAAGGGGUGAAUGCAGUCAUUGGUUUUCAGAUGUUUUUUAAAAUGAGAGUAUUACAUAUAUUUUACACCACACAGGUCUUGCACUAAAGUUGAGAACCAACAGAGGAUGUUUGUUAUUCGCUAUAUGAUGUUAUCUAACCUUGAUAUCCAUGGGUUUCACAUGCAAAUCAUAUUUUCAUAUGUUUUAACAGUGUCUUUGAUAGAAUGUCAUGUUGUACCUAUGGUUUGGUAUCAUUUAAACAGUUAAUGACUAGGCCGUGGGUGGGAUUGUUUUAGUAGCCAGGAAUAAAUUGCUUAGAAAUGUAUUUUGAGGUCAAAUUGGCCCCUUGGCGAACAUAUGUAAGAGUGGUCUUGGAUACAAUGUGCAAAUUUAUGUGUUCCAUCUUCAGUGCUUGUUGAAACAACUGGUUCAACAAACAUAUCCCCAAUAUGAUACAAGAUGCUACUCCAUCCCCAAUUAAUCCAACACAAGGCUAAAUGAGAUUAGGAGAUAUGGGGCUAAUCAUACUGGAAUCACAUUGUAUUGUUUAUGUAGUACUGUAUAGUAUUAUUGAGUAUAGUAUUAGAAUACUAUAAUUUUCCAUGAACUACUACCGCAAUUUUAAGAUGUAUUGUGUACUGCCAUGAUUCAACCUUAGUAAGCCCUCUUCUUUGUUUUGUUCACAGCGUCAACAGAACAGAAAUCAAGUUUGGUCGCAGAUCUUUCUAUUUUUCCGCAACCUGGUAAUACGUAACGAGAGGAACAGGCGUGACGCAAAUUGGCGGUGACAUUUCUUUAUGAGCCACUGAAGUCUCUGCAUACGUUACAAGAGAAGACACGAAAACUAUCUACUGUAUCUUUCUGCUCAAAGAUUUUCCUGUAAAUCGAACGUUAGGGUAUCGUCAGGGAAUUGUGGUCAAACACUGUUAAGUAAACUGCUUGCACAAACUUCUGUAAAUAUGUAAAAUCCAUUUAAAACCAGCAAAAAAGUAACAUGAAAGGUAACCAAAUCUGCAUAGCCCUGUUACGUGCCUUAGUGGAUUGUGCAAUUUUUUGGGGGGGGUCAAAAACUGUGAGAGCGAGAAUUCCAUUUCCGGGAAUAAUGUUUAAUCCACCCUUGGUUCAAAUUGGAUUGAUUUGGUUAUUGGACGUAUUUUUCAUGGAGAUCAUGGUUUAACUGAGUGUUGCUUAAAGUUUUUCAUUAUUUCCAGGGCAGGACAAUUUAAAUACUAAGUAAAUAUAGAAAGAUAAUUGUAAGCAUUUGUUUGUCUGAUAUUGUAAUGGCACUAUUGAAAAUUUCGUGUUGAAGAGUAGCACUAUUUUUAAAUACUAUAUAAAUACUGUGUGUAUCUGUUUGUAACUUUGUAAGUAUGGUGGGUUGGAGAUCAACCCUACGUUUGUUCUAUGAAAUUGUGAAAAGGACAGCCCAAAGCAAACAGGUUAAUCCCCAAAAUAUGUAGGAUUACCCGUAAAGCAGGCAGUCUGGGUAGGCUCCAGGCUAGAGUAGACUGUGCUACCCUACAAUCCUUCUACCUACAGAUAUGUGCACUGCUCCAGAGGGCUAACAGUUAUCUGUGAAACCUAGAAUGUUCUGGUCAAAUGCAGAAGAUUCUCAAGUUUAUCUAGCAAAUAAGUUGUCUUACUUGGCGUACAGUGAAAGAGUGAAGAUGUGACCUAAGUUUUAUACCUGAUGGGUUUUCUGCCUUCUGUGGUAACAUCAUAUAUUGUUUAUAUAGUAAAAAGGCAAAUUUUUAGGGCUGGAAUUGGGAACUGAAUUAUAUGUAUGAGAAGGACACAUUGAAAUCCCAGCCUUGAAGUUCCUCGUCUUUACUCAAACCCACAUUGACCUUAGUAGAGAUGAAUUAAAAAACUUUAACCAGAGGAAGCUUGAAUCCCCUACAUUUCCCUACAUUUAACAGAUCUGGGUAGGACAGGUUUAACCAUAAGGCCACUCUAGGUGGCCGCCUAGGACUCAGGUGUCCUGACUGUCAACCUUCAUAGGGCCUCGUGAGAUCCAGCAGGGUCCAUGGUGCUGGUGCUAAAGGGUCCAGCAGAUUUUGCUUCCCUAGCUGGGCCUAAGUUUUUUUUUUUUUUUUUUGUGAUCAGUUGUGGUAAUUAUCAGGAUUACAUAUUCACUAGCUAUUUGUUAAGAAUAAUGUAAAUUCACGUUAUCAUUUGCACGUCAGUAACAUUUUGAUAGAAUGUACUUGGCUUAUGAACAACCCAUUUUAAGAUGUGCAUGUAUAAACAAAUCAAAUGAGAUUAGAAGUGUUUUGCUGGGCAGAUAAGUUAGGCCAAGUGUUUUUCUUAAAGCGUUUGAACAUUUCAAGAGUGGAUAACUGAAUGUGACUCAUUUAAAACCAAAUAGGUAAAUACUCGUGAAAUUCUAUCACUAUUAACCUUUAGUUCCGAUGUGGCUGUGACAAUAUUCUAGUUGAAGUCUCUAUUAGUAUUAUUAGAAUUGCAUUUACAAUUAAUUAAACUUUAAAAUGAAUGCAUGAUUCACAUUAAUCUGAAAUGAAAUGUGUGUGAUCCAUAAUACUGCAGAUUAAACCCGUGCCCAAGGAGUAGAAAUAAAAUAAUUAAGACCAAUCCGGGGAUUUUACAUGUUCCUUUUAGGUUGAGUCCCUUCUCUAAGGAACAGGGUAAAACUAAAAAUGGCCCAAGAAAAAGGGAAGCUAUAAUCUUACUUAUAAUAAAUAGAAGUUUGUCCAGUUCCUUGUUAAUGAGUGAGAAAAUGUUGUAACUUGUGAGUUUUAUUCCAGUAGUACUCUGUGAUAAUCUCAAACACAUAGAUCUGUGAGCUUUAUUACGGGGGAGCUCUGGGACGUAGUGCUCAUAGCCGUGGUUAUGGUUGCAAUCGAACACUAUGAUAUGCACAUAUACACCAUCUAUCCCUGUGAGGUUAAUUUUCAAGAAUCUCUGGGAUACAACAAUGAACACUUUAUAUUGCAGUGGAUAUUAUUGCUGUGGAUUUCUGUGAUAUGCUCACAACAUAUAUUACUGUGGGUUUUAUUGCUGUGGAGCUCCGUAAACACUCACAACACACAUUGCUGUGAGUUUUAUUAUUGUGGAGUUUUGUGAUAUUGCACACUGCAUAUUGCAGAAGUUCUACUGCAGUAGACCUCACUCAAUGUGUUUUGUAAUAUGACUUUUGCUGUGAAUACUGUUAUUAUACAUAUGGCAUUUUUUUGUCCUUAAAUGCCGCCAGCCUGUUUCAGGCAUAUUUCAUUGUUAGCCCAGAGUCCCCUGGAACACUGAGAGAAAAACAACAUCCCCAAAUAUAUAAUUUGUGACAGUGCUGCUUUAAUGCACUAUAUUUGAAGUUCAUUUUACAGAGCCACACGGGGUUAUUGCUUUUGGAGCAGGAUUUUAAUGCAGAGAGUGCGGGUUUAAUGCUACAAUUUUGGGAAUAAUGCAGCAGGUGCGGGGUUAAAACAGCAGGUGGUGAGUUUAAAAACACAAGUUGUAUUGUGUAAAGAAUUGGUGUCAUAGCACAUUUUAGGGUUGGCAAUAAGGCAUACGGUAGUAUAGUAUAGAGUGUGGCUUGUACGUGUCCCUAACAUUUACACUUGGUCUGAAGCUACUGGUGUCUUUUUGUCCCUGGAUUAUACUUUCAAUGUGGAAGCAGAGUGCUACACAUAUAGACUCCAGGCACUAUGGCGACUUCAAAUCACUGAAGUGGUCAUGGUGCCUGUAAUAACCAUUCACAGGAAAACUAAAGUGUUAGAAAAACAAAGUUGUUUUCCUGGCUCUAUAGCUCCUUAUAGUACCCCCUUACCUUGUGCCAGCCCCCCUCCCUCCUCAUAGUGGGCAGAAGGUGUUAAACCUGCUUCAAGCGCCAAUGUCCCUUGGCACGGGAUCAGGCUCCACCUCCUCUUCUCUGCCGUCAUCAGGCACAGGGUGACCUAAUGCGCAUGCGGGGCGAGCGCAGCGCUUUCAUUAAGACUUCCCCCAUAGGAAAGCAUUGUAUAAUGCUCUCCUAUAGGGUUUUGGGUGAGGCUGGAUGUCGUAACAAAGUCGCCUAACAACCUGGAAGUCCUUCUAGUGGCUUUUUGGUAGACAGCCACUAGAGGUGGAGUUAACCCACAAAGGUAAUUAUUGCAGUUUAUCAAAAACUGCAAUAAUUACCAUUGCAGGGUUAAGGGCCCUGAAACACUGGACCUAGACCACUUCAAUGAGCUGAAGUGGUGUGGGUGUCUAUAGUUCCACUUUAAGUAGGCUUUCAGCUCUGCAGAUGUCACCACUUCCAACAGACUUGCUGUGCAUCUUCAUUCUAUUAGUAAGCAAUGCAAAUACGGUUAUCAUAUUUAUUUGUUUUGAUCUGUAUUUUGCAGUACUCUACGGUCCAUACAGUAAAUAAUUUUUUUUAAAUGGAGUAGCGAGAUUGCUAGGAGCAGCUCAGUCUAUGACAUUGGCAUACAGCCAGGUACACAGAUAAAAUCCACUUCAAUAGAGCUGUACAUUCAUUUUUCUUAUGGACUUCUGGCUGGUCUAUGUUAAGACACUUUUUUUCUAUAUUUAAUCUUGUUUUUAAAGGGUUUUGGUUUUUUUGGGGAGGUUGUUAAGUAGUCUUUCACUGGAUGGAAUUUGAGGGUAUGUGGGCUUCACUUGAUUAGACUGAAUUUUGCAAGUAUAAAAAUAUCUCAUUUUAAUUUAAAAAAAAAAAAAAUUAAGGCUAUAAUAUCGAUGCUGUAACUAUUGAUGGACUAGAAAAUGUUCCAAAUCCGCUGCUAUGUAAAAUUAGCAGUUAUUUUUUCAGUUUCUUACAGCGUGGUUUUUAGUAAAAGAACCACUAUGUGUAUCAAUGGCAAAUUAUUAUUUCUACAGUGCUUCUUAGAGAAAUGAAAGCUAUUGCUGUACAGCGCUGAAAAAUAUAUUGGCAAUCCACAAAUAAAAAUAUUAGUUUAAAUAGGAAAAAGAAGCAUUUUAUAAUAUUUAGUGAUACAUUUAACACAUGUUCAUUCUUGUAAUCUCAAUGAUGUAAUAAUCUAUAAAAUGAACAUCCAGUCAAUUCUGGUAGGUGGUGUGUGGACUGGGACAUCUGCCCAGAGCUCGGCUAAUGCAAACACACACGUAUUGGCAAAAAGUCGAAUCAUUUCAAAAACAAUACUGCAACAUAUGCAUUGUGAAAGAAACUCGGGCAACAUGUCCCGAAAAUUUGGGAUAUUUUACAUAUACAUUAAGUAAUGUUAAAAAUAUUUAACCCCUUAAGGACACAUGACGUGUGACAUGUCAUGAUUCCCUUUUAUUCCAGAAGUUUGGUCCUUAAGGGGUUAAAGGGACACCAUACUCAAUUAAGUGGUCUGGGUGUAGUGGCCCUGUCCUUUUAACCAUGCAGUCUAACUCACUGCAGUUUUUUCUUCGGUUUGCACUGCAUUGACAGAGUAAAACGUAUGAUGCAGGGGAGCUUGAAGGUGCACAGUGCUAGCCACACAUGCGCAUUAGGUCCUCAAUUGGAUUGGAUCAUUGCAAAGGAGGACAUGCCUCCUCCAUGAAGUCACAGGAGGCGGAGAGGUCAGCAGUGUCGAGGGAGACUCAACGCUGGAAAAAGGUAAGUAAAAAUGUACAUUUAUUUCAUUUUUAUUGCACACAGGGGGUGUUGGUUACAAUAGCGUUGGGAUCAAAAUUUUGCGUUCCGAAUGCUUUGCGUCAAUUAUAAGUUAAGAGUUGUAUAUUGCAGUUUCUCUUUAAAGUUGUUUUCAGGAUUAUCACGAGUCACAUUAUGGCGCCAUCUGUUCAGUGACUGUUUAAAUAUGUUGUGUGGCCACCUGUUACUUGUAAUUGCUGAUAAAGGGCUUCAGCUAUUUAACUAUUUUCUUGCCAUACUGGUUUUUAGGCAGAUGAUCUAAGUUAUCCUUUUCUUAAUGUAUGAUUAGGGAUCUUUUUAAAUGAGACUCAAGAUGUCUAGACUAAAGUAGAUCCAUUACUAUAGGGUGCAGACUAUUGGUUGGCCAUGUAUCCUAGAUACAUUAAGGUUGCCUGAAUUCUAAUUGAGCCUGAAUGCAACCAGAGUUUUCAUGAGCUCACACAGGUAUCAGUGAUAUUUUUCAUACAUAGUUGCCAAACACUGAAGUCCGUUUGGAUUUAAGAAAGAAAAACCCCUCUGCAUGUGUGCACACACGUAUUGUACCCUCAGGAUAAUUUAAAGGAACUCUAUAGCAUUAGAAAUACAAAACUGUAUUUCCCUGCCCAUGGCUGAAUGUCCUCCCCCCUUAUGCCUGGUGUUAAAAAGGUUAAAAAAACAACAACUUUUAACACAUACUUCUUUUCAGCGACGAGGACCCUCAAUGCUGAAUCUGUCUCUGCGUCUUCCAGCUUAGCAAUGGGGGGAACAUAAUGCUAUGCGCCGCAAGUGCAGCCCGCAUAUUAGAUCUUCCCCCAUAGAAAAAAAAUGUAAUCGAUGAUUUCCUAUAGGGAUUUUGAAGAUGCUGGACAUCCUCACGGAAACCCCAUUAACCACCAGGAAACAUUGCAGUUUCUCUAAAAAUGCAUUGUUUUACAUUGCAGGGUUAAGGGAACAGAGACAUUGUAUCCAAAAGACAUCAGUGAGAUGAAGAGGUCUGGGUGCCUAGAGUGUCCCUUUAAACUAAAAAAAGUUUUAAUUAGGGAUCGACCGAUAUUGAUUUUUUAGAGCCGAUACCGAUAUUCUGUGAACUUUCAGGCCGAUAGCCGAUAUAAUUUGCCGAUAUUCUGUACAUUUACCAUUUUGGAAAAUAAAAACUAUUUCUAAAGGUAAAUGCACAAAAUAUACAUGCCACGUGUAGUGGAUGCAGUGUGUUUAGACAGGGGAGCUGUAUGUGUUUGUGUAGUGUGUGUAGUGGAUGCAGUGUGUGUUUGUGUAGUGUGUGUAGUGGAUGCAGUGUGUGUUUGUGCAGUGUGUGAGUGGAUGCAGUGUGUGUUUGUGUAGUGUGUGUUUGUGUAGUGUGUGCAGUGUGUGUUUGUGUAGUGGAGGCAGUGUGUAUUUGUGUAGUGUGUAGUGGAUGCAGUGUGUAUUAGUGUAGUGUGUAUAUAAUGAAAGCAGAGUGUUUGUGUAGUGUGUAUAUAAUGAAAGCAGAGUGUUUGUGUAGUGUGUGGGUAGUGUCCGUAAAGUGAAUGCAAAGUGUGUUUGUGUAGUGUGUGUGUAUAUAAUGAAUGUAGUGUGUUUAUAUAAUGCAGAGUGUGUGUGUGUAUAUAAUGCAGUGUGUUUGUAUAGUGUGUGUAUAUAAUGCAGUGUGUUUGUAUAGUGUGCAUUAAAUAAACACACUACACACACACUGCAUUAUAUACGCACACUACACACACACUGCAUUAUAUACACACACUACACAAACACACUGCAUUAUAUACACAAACACUGCAUUAUAUACACACACUACACAAAAACACUGCAUUAUAUACACACUACACAAACACACUGCAUUAUAUACACAGUGUGUUUGUGUAGUGUGUGUGUGUGUAUAUAUUGCAGAGUGUGUAUAUAAUGCAGUGUGUUUGUGUAGUGUGCAUUAUAUAAACACACUACACAAACACUGCAUUAUAUACACACAAUAUACAAACACACACACUCUGCAUUAUAUACACAGUGUGUUUGUGUAGUGUAUAUAAUGGAGUGUGAGUGGGCAUUUUUUAUUAAAUUAUUAUUUAUUUUUCAUAUUUAAUUAUUAUUUAUUUUUGUUGCCCCCCCUCCCUGUUUCAUACUUGGCCAGGGAGAGGGGAUAUAGCAGUCCCUGGUGGUCCAGUGGCAUUGGCUGAGCUGUGGGGGGGGUGGGCAGGCAGCAAGCGCUUACUCACCUCCCAACAGCUCCUCCAGCUCCCCAGUGUAACUCUCGCGGCCAGCGUGCCGCGCGGAGCGUUGCCAUGGUAACCCAUGGCAACACUCUGACGGCUGCGGGUCUCGCGAGAGUUACACUGGGGAGCUGGAGGAGCUGCUGGGAGGUGAGUAAGGGCAGGGCCGGACUGGGAGAAAAAUUCGGCCCGGGCAUUUUUUUAACACAGCGGCCCACUAAAAAGGGGGCGGGGCAGAGGAGGUGUGUUUUGUCAUCACCAAUGACAAACACGCCUCCUCUCAAAGUGAGCAUGUUGGUUCAAUGCUCUUCCAGGGCAGACCAUGCGCAGAGCUCUGCUGAAGAGCUCUAGCAUGAGAAAAAAGUCCUGUAUUUGUUCUGCACAGUGCAAGCAAAUUUAAUAACAUGCUUGCACUGUGUUUCCUUGCAACUUGUCUCUGGUGUCUCUAUAAAUGGAUACCAGGAGACAAAAGGCCAGGACAGAGUAUUGUGCAUGUGUUUGGAGCCUGCUUGUGGUAUUGCGUGUGUGUAGAGUGAGCUGGUCGUGGUGUGGUAUUGUGUAAUAAGGUCGGUUUUAGUCGUGUUGUGUUUGUGGUGUAAUGUGAUGCAUAUGUGGCUCAGGGACCCCCUCCCGCCCGGCUCUGGAAAGGGGUUAAAACUUACCUUUUUCCAGCGCCGGGCGGGGAGCUCUCCUCCUCCGAUCCGCCCCGUCGGCUGAAUGCGCACGCGCGGCAAGAGCUGCGCGCGCAUUCAGCCGGUCGCAUAGGAAAGCAUUUAUAAUGCUUUCCUAUGGACGCUUGCGUGCUCUCACUGUGAUUUUCACAGUGAAAAGCACGCAAGCGCCUCUAGCGGCUGUCAAUGAGACAGCUGCUAGAGGCUUUGGGGGAAGGCUUAACCCAUUGAUAAACAUAGCAGUUUCUCUGAAACUGCUAUGUUUAUAAAACAAUGGGUUAACCCUAGAAGGACCUGGCACCAAGACCACUUCAUUAAGCUGAAGUGGUCUGGGUGGCUAGAGUGGUCCUUUAAGAGUGUAGUGUGUGUGUAUAUAUAUAUAUAUAUUUGGAAGUAUUGUGUAUGUGUGUGGUGCAGUGUGUUGGGGGGGUUCUGUGUGUAUGUGAGGGGUGCAGUAUGUGUGUGUGUGAGGGUGCGGUGUGUGAGAGUGCCGUGUGUGAGUGAUGGGUGUGAGAGUGCCGUGUGUGAGUGAUGGGUGUGAGAGUGCUGUGUGAGAUGGGUGUGAGAGAGUGCUCUGUGAGAGUGCUGUGAGAGAGUGCUGUGUGUGUGUGAAAGUGCUGUGUGUGAUGGGUGUGAGAGUGCUGUGUGUGUGUGAGUGCUCUGUGAGAGUGCGCUGUGUGUGAUGGUGUGAGAGUGCUGGGUGUGAGAGUGCUGUGUGUGAUGGGUAAGAGAGUGCUGGGUGUGAGUGAUGGGUGUGAGAGUGCUGUGUGAGAGUGCUGUGUGUGAUGGGUGUGAGAGUGCUGUGUGAGAGAGUGCUGUGUGUGAUGUGUGAGAGUGCUGUGUGAGAGUGCUGUGUGUAAUGUGUGUGAGAGUGCUGUGUGUGAUGGGUGAGAGUGCUGUGUGUGAGAGUGCUGUGUGUAAUGUGUGUGAGAGUGCUGUGUGUGAUGGGUGAGAGUGCUGAGAGUGCUGUGAGAGUGCUGUGUGUGAUGGGUGUGAGAGUGCUGUGGGAGAGAGUGCUGUGUGUGAUGGGUGUGAGAGUGCUGUGGGAGAGAGUGCUGUGUGUGAUGGGUGUGAGAGUGCUGUGGGAGAGAGUGCUGUGUGUGAUGGGUGUGAGAGUGCUGUGGAGAGAGUGCUGUGUGUGAUGGGUGUGAGAGUGCUGUGGAGAGAGUGCUGUGUGUGAUGGGUGUGAGAGUGCUGUGGGAGAGAGUGCUGUGUGUGAUGGGUGUGAGAGUGCUGUAUAAAUGUUAUUGUGUGUGUGUGUAGGGGGGGUAAAUAAAAAAAAAAAAGUCAUUAUUUCCCCCCCUCCCUUCUUACCUUUAGCCUGGGAGGGGGGGUCCGGCACGCUGGAAGGCGGGGUGGCGGUGUUCCCUGGUGGUCCUCGUGGGUGAGUGAACUCUAGCCUGUGAGGCUAGAGUUCACUCUCGCGAGAUCCGGUCGUUGCCAUGGCAACGCGCCGGAUCUCGCGAGAGGAACCCGGCGGAGCUGCAAGUUAGAGCUCCGCCGGGUCCUCUCUCCAGCCUAGCUGGCUGUCCCUCCCUCCCUCCCCGCCGGCGGCCGCAUGUGGGCCGGUCAGGGAGAUCCUUGAUCUCCCCACCGGCCCGUCGUGACAAACAGCGGGGCCGGCGCUAGGAGAGUGCCGGCCCUGCAUAGACCGGCAGGGGAGAUCCUGUGAUCUCCCCUGCCGGCCUCGGCCCAUGGCCACCGCGGCCCACCGGGCAUUUGCCCGGUGUGCCCGAUGGCCAGUCCGGGCCUGAGUAAGGGCUUGCUGCCCGUCCCCCCCCAGGACCGUCGGGCUUGUAAUGAGACUGGCGGUCCUAGGAUGUAUUACAGGCAAUAUCGGUAUCUGAAUUGUAAGUUAAUGUUGAGUAAUAUGAUGGAUCAUGGAGUAUUAAAGGAGAACACUAAGUAUAAAUGCCAGAGCCCCUCAUUUUUUAUGGGUGGAGAGAGCAAACUGUUUUUGUAUUCUCAUAGAUUUGCAAGUAUACACUAAUGACACAGUUACUGGCUAAAUAGAGUGCCAGAAUUUGUGGAGAAAGCAUAGUGGCAUUGACCAUUUCAUAGAACAUUUAUUCGAAACUGCUAAAUAUUCAUCCGUGGCACAGUCUGAUCGACACUUGUAAUAAAGGAUGACCUUAAGGUCCUUCUUGCCAACCUGCACAAAAUGAUGGACAGAAGUUAAGGUGAUCAGAGACUGCAUCCAGGCAUCAGAAGAAGAUGUUAUGGACAGUGAGGCCACUGUGGCUACAUUGAAUGACACGGUCCAACAGUUACGGGUCAACCAGCAAUCACUACCUUUGCAAAUGACCUUCCUGUGAGGAUCGUCACUGAGGCAAUCAUGUAAAAAUCCGCGGCAUCACCACUGCUAUUCAGGCGGACAAAUUGCCUCAUUAUAUUAGGCAUUCUACCACCCACCGUGGUCAAGAAAAUGAUCCUAGACAGGGUCUACAGAGUUGCAAGCAAUACCAAGGUGUCAGCUGUUUUUCUUCAUUGGAUAGGAACUGCAUCAUGGCAGCCUUACAUGAUAAAACACAGCUACAAUUUGCCAAGACUUCUCUAGAGCCACUCUACAAUGGCAUGAGGGCCAUUACCUACUGCUACGAGCUAACGGAGUGUCCUACAGAUAGGGAACCCCAGGCUGCUGAAUUAUAGUGUGAAGUAAAACCCCUCCCCCCAACUCUCUCUCCCCUCCCCUCCCCCUCCAGGGCCUCCUUAUUUAGGGGUAUCCUAUUCUACUUCCCACACCUGCAAAUGCCACUUACUUCCUCAACCGACUACAUGGCACUUAGUACGGCACACUUAACCAUGUAUGACUUAUGGCUAAGCAUUUAUUGCUCUUAUACGAUACGUUAACAUUUUUAACACUGUUAUGCUGAACCCUCCUGUGUUUAGGGAUGAAUAAGUUUGAAUAAUAUGUUUCUUCCCUUAAUAGGACCCAAGCAAGGCUUAGGUGUUCUGGUGGUGUGCCACCUGAUCCUGUCACCAGGGUCCUAUGAUUACUAUACCCAUUUACAAAACAUUUGAGCAAGUUAUCUAUCAUGCUUUCUUAUUAUUGUUAGGUAAUAUCUUUUCUAUAACAAUUAAUUGGCAAUUGUUUCUUAUUGUGUAUUUGCUAUGCAUUGCAAAAAAACAUUUAAAGGGACACUAUAGUCACCUGAACAACUACAGCUUAUUGUAUUUGUUCAGGUGAGAUCUAUAGCUACCUGCAGGCAAUCUAAUGUAAACACUGUAUUUUCAAAGAAAAUACAGUGUUUACAUUGAUUGAUAGGAAUACCUCCAGUGGCCAUCACUCAUCACUAAAAAGGCCUUGUACACGUCAGACGUAUUAAAAUUAAACUGUGUGCGCGCCUUCUCUCUCCUGCCUGUCAGCAGAGGAGAGGGGGCGGGCAAAGACCACGAGCUAAGCUGUCAAUCAGCUCAGCUUGCGGCCGCGCACACCGCGUGCAUGCGCGGUAGUGUGCUCAGGACUUCAUAGGGCGGCAUGAAUGCCGCCCUAUGAAGUAUGUGCGUCAUUUUGACGAAAUAGGGGGCGCGGCUUCACGAGGCUCCCGGCGCAUUAACCAAGUAAGUAAAAUCGUCUGCCUGGAGAGUCCCUUUAAUUUAAAGAAUUUUUAAAAAAAAUUAUAAAAAAAAUUCACCAGUAACAAGUCCACAUCAAUGAUGUUCUAUAUCAACCUUGGCAAUGGACAGGGUUCAUGAUGGAAUUAUUUGAGUCACUAUACACUGUUAUGUUCAUUUGAAUCAGUUAUCCUAACUAGUCUGCCCUUUUAUACAAUAGUACAUGUUAGUUUAGGAUGCUUCAUUGUACUUCAUCUCAUCGUCCAUUGAAAUCACCCUCCAAUCUACGAACGUGUCAUGUUAACGUUGUGUUCUAAAUUAUCAGUAGAUUUUUAUCUAUUGGCAAGUUUGUUUGUUUUUUUUUUUAUUAUGCAUGGAAGAUACACUUUUAUUUAGUUCACACUCUCGACUAUCUUUUACUGUAUAUCUGUUACAAAUUAGAUGUAGCUAGUCAUUAAAUCAUGGUUACACUCAUAUACCUGAAAUUUGGUAGUGGAAAAUGAAGAACCUAAACAUGCUAUAAAUACGAUCAAAAAGUAAUCGAUGGAUAAUAAAACAUUGUAAUAAUUCAUGAUUUCCUAAUUAUCUUAAAAGGCAGCUCAAACUACAUAUUAUGAGUCAAUUGCUCAUGAUAUGUAGUUCAUUGCAACCUCGCAGUUUUUACCAGUGUAGUGGAGACCCUCAUUUUCUAAUGGGCAGAGUCUAAUGCAAGUGGUUUUUAUAGAAUGUAAGAGAAUGUUUAAGAAAGGGUAUCCAACUGAUUUUACAGUACAAGAAUUGGUUGGAAAGCUAAUGUCAUGUGUACAAUUUAGUGACCAGUAAAUCUGUUCAGAAACCACAAGCCUAGACCAGGGGUGCUUAAAAGGUACACCAUGCAGAUGUUGUAGAACUACAGCUACCAUGAUGCUUUGUAUGCCUUUGCAUGUGUUCAGAAUGACAAAGCAUCAUGGAAGCUGUAGUUUUAAAACAUCUGGGGAUCUACCUUUUGGGCACCCCUGGCCUAUAUAUUCUGUAUUCUUCUUACUAGUAUACUUCAAAGUACGCAGUAACCACUGCUGUUGUUUCCUGCAUUUUUUGAAUGCUGAGCCAGUAUACAUGUUAUUCCUUUGUCAUUAGAAUGGUGGGCUGUGAGACUGUACUGUAAGCCCACGCGCUUUUCUGUCAAAUAUAAUUUGUUGAUAUGCUUUCUUUUACUCCUUAUGCACUUGUUUCAAUGCCAUAAUGUAUUUGAAGGGCUCUGUAAAAUUUUAGCUGUUGAUGUAUAAUGUCAUACUGCAAAGAUUGGCUCAGAUUGGACAGCACCAAGAUCAAAUGUGAGCAUAACAUGCUCUGGACUGUCCUUUAACCUAUGUAAAUAGCCAUGAUUAUUCCAUUGAUAAAAAAAUAAGUAUUUUUCUUUUAUAAUACCAAAUUUCCAUAGUUUCCAUUUUAUUAUUACAGCAUAUAAAUUGGUGGUUCUUCCAAAAUUUUUAUGAAUGUUGACCCCACUUUGUAUGAAUGUUGACAUUUUUAAUAAUAUAAAACACUAUGCAAUGCUGAUCAACAGGAAGCCAUGUUGUAAUUCAAAAUGGCUUCCUAUUUUCCAACAAUUAGGGGGUAUUUUGUUUUUCUGAAUCAAGGAAAAUAUGGGGACAAGUUGCUUUAACCUUGGGUUUAUAUGUACAGUGUGUAAUUGUAAAUAUAUAAUCGGUCUGUGUUUCUGUAAUUGUUAUCAGUUGCCUAUAUAACUAAAGAUAUGAAAAGGGAUGUAUAUUGUAUACAUCUAGUGUAUUUUGUUGGCUUACAAACAUAUUCUAUUCCACAUUGGUUAACGGGUUAAGUCUAGAAAUGUUGAUAAUGAUUUGACAGUAGAGGGAAUCUAUCACUGACGCCGUUUGUGUGUUUUGUUUUUUUCCCCAUAUAUUCUAUUUGCUAUGUGUGUAAAUCGUUACUUCAAACCUUAUUGACUCCUUAUUUUUUUAGAUAUGCCAAUUGGACAUUAUUCUUUAGGUCACCCCCCCCCCCCAAAAAAUAUAAAAAUCAAUAAUUAAUCAAAUUAAAAAAUUAAUUACAUGAUAUCCAGUGACAUUCCACUACCCCAUCUGAUUUGACGGCAGCCGUUGUGAGGUUCAAUCAAUUGCUCAGAGCCCAAUAAAGGGGAGGGAGCAAGGAGAUGGGUGCAUUGUUUUGUUUUUAACUUACGGAGGCUGGGAGGGCUUCAAUGAAGGUGCGUGAGAGGGAAAGAAGAUAAAUGCUUCCCUUUGCAAAAUCUGUCUACAAAGGAGUAGCUAAUUACAUUCAUUGACAGAAUGCAGAGGCAGAUGUAUUUUUUGCACAGAAUUGACAUUUGUCAUUUUGGAACAUAGUUUCUGGCUGCCAAAUUCACGUGUUUAACUAAAGCCUGGCACAUAUGUGCAAAUACUUUUGAUUGUGCAGCGUUUCGAACAGAGACCCUGCACAUAGACACUCCUUACCACCAUAAUAGAAGGCUCAUGUUUUUCAAAGUUCACUGGCCUAGAGAUGUUGUAGAAAUUAACAAUGUAUUUGGAGAGAAGGAUUCUGCCUCUGCUGGUAAAAUGUUUUUAACACUUCCUUAUAGUGUGCCGGGUCUCUUGGUGACUCAAACAGAUAAGUGGAUUGACAAUGACCCUUGACUGUUGAUUUUAGUAAGUGAAGCACAGCCAGUCUCCAGUGAGGACUGUUGAACAGUGUUGGAAAGGUAAAGUUUGCCAGAGAUAGAGACUGUGAUCCCAGUUUGGGUUUUGAUCAAGAAUCCUAUUUCUCAUUUUCUAAGAGCUAAAGGGCAUCUUGAUUUUCAGAAAAACCCUGGUACUUGUAUGAAAUUGCGAAUAUUAUUUAAUAUGUUUUUAUUUCAGAGUGAUUUAACGUUUUUGCUCAUAGAUUGCCAUUGGAAAAAUAGUGGAGUCAUGUAAAAAUUACAAUGGAUUCUAAACCAUAUUGUACACAAAAGAAGGUUCCUUACAAGCAGAAUUUAUAGCACAUGUAUGGCUUACAGGCAUUCUCAAUCAUCACCUUAAACACGCAUUUUAAUGUUUUAUAUAUAGUAUUUACAUGGUCGCUUGCCUCUGUAUGCCCCUUUUUUUUUUUUUAAAUUAACCUUGCUAUGCUAAUGUGGAGAUAAUGGAUACAUAAAUCUAUGCAGAAGAAAAUUCCUCCAUCCACUUAAAGGACCACUAUAGUGCCAGGAAAAAAUACUCGUUUUCCUGGCACUAUAGUGCCCUGAGAAUGCCCCCACCCUCAGGGUCCCACUCCCGUGGCGCUGAGGGGGGAGGAAGGGGUUAAUCCCUUACCUUUUUUCCAGCGCCAGGCUCCCUCGGCACUGGGACUCUUCUCCCUCUUCUUCCGUCAUCAGCUGAAUGCAUUCUCAAUGCUUUCCUAUGGACGCUGGCGUCUUCUCAAUGUGAAAAUCACAGUGAGAAGCGCGGAAGCGCCUCUAGCGGCUGUCAUUGAGACAGCCACUAGAGGCUGGAUUAACCCAAAUGUAAACAUAGCAGUUUCUAUGAAACUGCUAUGUUUACAGCAAAAAGGGUUAAACCUAGCUGGACCUGGCACCCAGACCACUUCAUUAAGCUGAAGUGGUCUGGGUGCCUAUAGUGGUCCUUUAAGACUGCUUUGCCAGUUAACUUCCUAGAUGCUUGAGUCAUUUUUUAACUGGCCACCUUGUCAAAUGAAGUCACAUAUUUAAUGAGAACUUGUCUUCUUCACUUUACAAAUUGGCAGACAGAACAUUGGCUCCUUGGUAUGUAAGAUACUUUUAUUUAGAAAUAUCAAAUACCACGUAAGGACAAAAACAAAAUAAGCAUUUUAUUAAUCAAAAGAUUAAAAAUUGGGAAAAAAUCUGUAAUUAUUAACAAAACUGUUAUCUCUUCAAAUGAUGUUUAAAGACACCUCAAAUAUUAUAAUGGCACCAUGCUUAAAGAGGCACUGCGAUUCUUUUCAUUUUUGGCCUAUUUAUUAUUAAAUAUAACAUUUUUAGAUAUAUACGAUACAGCGCUAUAUCAAUAUAGAUGCUCUGUUUGUUUAUCAUCUUUGUAUCGCUGUCUAGUACCAAUGAUGUCAACAUAAAAACUCUCAUAAAUUUAUAUCCAGUUUGACAAUUCUCCACAUUUGCCACUUUAUUAAAUAAUAAAAGUAUGUUUUAAAAUACACUUUCUCCUGUCUGCAAAGUAGAUGGGGUAUAUCAGGCAAUCAAGCUCAUACCAAGGGCCUGUUACUGAACGCAAGUCAACACCACUACCACAUGCUCUCUACUCAUCACAUGUUCUAGAUUGGUCAGAAUUGUCGUUAAUAUGAAAAGAUGGACUUUCAGAAUUCUAUGUGGGUAGGCCUUAACAUUCUGUCAGUAUACCUAUGGAAGUGGAUUUGGUUUUACUGAAUGUUUAAUGAUAGAUUUCCUUUUAAUCAUUAUAAAGCUGAUUGGAAAUUUGUUAAAGAGAAUCAGUCUCUAUUUUCUGACAUUAGACCUUAAGUUGUAAGUUUUGUGUACCAUAAAAAGUGUGUUAUUUCUGUUUUAUAAGCAGAUAGCAUUGUGUCCUAAUCCAUGGAUAGUCUUUAUAUGUACACAUACCCUUUCUAUCAUAAUUGGAGACCCAGUGACAAUGUAGCAAAUAUAUUAACCAUUUCAUCCAGCAACAAUUGAAAAAUGUAUUAAACCUGGAAGGACCAAUGACCUUUGCUGUCAUAACAAUCUCGUCUUAAAGGAUCCUAUUCCAGAAUGAAUUGCCCUGUAUAUAUAAAUAGACAAUAGAAGCACCUUAACCACUUCAACACACUGAGUUGUCAAUGUAGUACAGGCUAUGUUGGCAUAUAGUGUUAAAGUUAUACUCUAGUGCUAGGGAUACAAUGUUGUAUAACCCUCCAUGCAGUGUAAGGGUUAAUAGGAUUGGAUUUAGGCAAACAAUAGAUUUGUCCAUUAACCCCUUAAGGACACAACUUCUGAAAUAAAAGGGAAUCAUGCCGGAAUAUUUCCAUCAUGUGUCCUUAAGGGGUUAAGAGUUAUUAUGUAACAAAAAAAUACAAGCAACCUGGUGAUUCUUGAUAAUUAAGCAUCAAAGGGCACAUUAUAGUUAAAUUUAGAAGAGUUUUGCAGAUUUCUUUAUAUUGUAUAAUUAUUGCAUUUGUGUCCACUUUGUGUUUGUGUAUGGAAGUGUCACACAUGCAAGCUGGUAUUUCAUAAACUCCAUGUUGAAAUGGUUAAUUCUGUGUGCUAUUGGGACUUCCACUGCUUGGGAUGCGAUGCAUUCUGUAUCUGAAAUGUGAUGUUUAUUCAUAUGUUCUCUUUUUGAUAUUUGACACUGUUAAUGGUUUUUAAAAAAUAAAUAAAAAAUAUUAUAAAUAAAAGCUAGUUUCUGUGUCUUUUUGCCUGUGACUAGAGAAUGUGGAGUUGUUAUACAUAGUAAGGGAUUUUACAGUAAAUAGAGCACAGAUGAGAAUAGGAUAGGGGACUGCAAUUGUUUUGGGCCUAAAUAACUAAAGUGGAAUAAUACCAACUUCGCUAUAUCUUCAGCUCAGUAAUUUAGUGAGUAAACCUAAGUAAUAAACAAGUUGGCAUCGUGUUAUCCAGUAGAAUACGGGGGCAGUGGUGUCAGUCAUGCCAGAUGAUAUCCCGAAAGGGGUGCACUCAGCACCACAAUACCGUCUCUGCAUUGUCCAUAUUGUAGCGUGACUGAGCUGUUCACAAUCCUAUGCCAUAUCUGUCAGUGUACACAAUGUACACUCUGUUCGUCUUCGCUUAACAUUGCUAACUGCAUUCAGGUUACACUGAUAGGCUGGGCAGAGGAUCUGAACUGUGAGUAGUCUGCAAUAGUCAGGUCAGAUGAUCUGGAUUGUGAAUUGACCAUGCAACAGUCUAGACAGGUGACAGACAUGGCCAGAUUAACCAUUAAGAAGAGUAUGCAUUUGUUUUGAUGGGAGACUUAAAGGAUCACUAUAGGGUCAGGAACACAAACAUGUAUUCCUGACCCUAUAGGGUUAAAACAACCAUCUAGCCCCUCUGGGUCCCUCAUGCCUCCAUAAAUAUAGUAAAAAAGUUACUAUUUUCAAGCCUGAAGCUGUAACUCUGCAUGCUGUUAGACUCAGAAAAACAAGCAGUUUGCUGACAUCAUCAACCUGAUCCAAUCACAAUGCUUCCCCAUAGGAUUGGCUAAGACUGACAAGGAGGCAGAUCAGGGCAGAACCAGCAUGAUUCAAACACAGCCCUGGCCAAUCAGCAUCUCCUCAUAGAGAUGAAUUGAAUCAACAAAAUCUCUAUAUGAAAAGUUCAGUGUCUGCAUGCAGAGGGAGGAGAUACUGAAUGUUUGGAUGCAUUUUAGGCAGCCAUGACCCAGGAAGGAUCUCUAACAGCCAUCUGAGGAGUGGCCAGUGAAGUUAUCACCAGGCUGUAAUGUAAACACUGCAUUUUCUCUGAAAAGACAGUGUUUACAGCAAAAAGGCUGACGGUAAUGAUUCUACUCUCCAGAACAAAUUCAAUAAGCUGUAGUUGUUCUUGUGACUAUAGGAGCUAUAACACCAGGAGCCUUGGCCAGUGUCCACUGUAGUCCAGCCAGCCUCCUAUCUGUCAUAGCAGACCUGCAGGGACAGUUAUAGCCUGUUUAACACUCAGCACUGGCCCAGCUCCUCCAUGUGUGAGGCUGGACAGGAAGUGGAAGGGAUCACUUCCCAUCUGCCCACUAGCAGCCUCUCACACAGGAAGUGCCUUGCAGUAGGAGCAGAGAUAGCUCUCAGUGAUAAACACUGUAUAACCUCUCCUGCAGCUCUGAUAUUAUCAAUCUGACUGGACUACAUAAAACACAGGAGGGUGAGUACUUUGUAAAUAACCCUUCAACCCCUAGCUCUCAAAGCUUAAACCUGGAAUAAGCCAUUUACCCUUAUCCUAUGUUUAACUAAACACCUCAUGUAUCCCAAUACCACAUUUAACCCAACUCUAGCCCAAAAUUAAAUUACCCUAAUCACUUCUAAUAUUAUCUUCAACCCUGUAUGUAUUUACAUAGCUGCAUGCACUCACUAUCCUCACAGAUUCAAACAUAAUUACAUUAGAAUUAGAAAUAGGCACAUUCAUAAAUACAUAUUUGUCCACCAUGUUUGUAUAUGUUCUUAGGCACGCAAUGUUCAUUUAAUAAAUUCAUUACCCUUACCUUAUCUGUCUUAUUUGGGGGUGCAGGGGUGCACCUUAGAAUUUUGUGCCUACAGACACCUGAUUUCUAAAUUCAGCCCCUGAGAGACACAAGGGCUCAGGACAGACACGCAAAGUGUGAGGGUGUAAGAAGAGACCGGAUAUGUAUACAAAGAAGUUAGGGGUUAUGGAGGUGUGGUAGGGCAGGUGGUACACACAAGAGGGGGAGGGGUGCAGAGAUAAAACCUGGGGGGAGCAACACAAAUAUUUUUACAAUUCUUUAGGGAGGAUACCAACAUAAAAUCCCAGCCGCCUCAAGGCGACAGACACACUAUGUACAGUUCUAAUGUCAUGUCUCUAGUUCACCGGCUGAUCGAUAGUACACAAAUCUCAUCAUGCUCAGACCUGCACACAGACACAGUGAUAUGAAUUUACAAUGUGAGAUUGUGAAACUUGUCUGGUCCUACUUUCCAACGUUUGAGCAAUAUGUAUUUUUAUAUAUGUGGUUUGAGGGAGGAAUGUAAAGGAAAACAACAGAAAACAUAAAUAUAUUUUUUGUAUUCUAUAUUGUGCUCUGCGCACUGUAAAUUAGUAGGUAAUCGGGCAGCAUCAAGUUCUCCUUUUGGAGCCGAAAUAUCAUUGUAUAACUGGAAAAGUCAACAACACUGUCUCUGUUUGUAUAAUCCACAGUCACGUGUCCACGCCUUACAUUGGUGACGUGGCAGUCCUAACAUUCAACUUUUGUGGUUUCACUUGACCUUGUUUACGUCUGAAAGGAAAAUCAUAAUAGCAACAGUAGUGAAGAUGUACGGAAGAACACAAACACGCGCCUUCUGUUGUUGUGUAACUGAGCUCAGGGUUUCAGACAAGACUAGUUGCUCGUGGAGCUUAAAGAUUGAUGCAAGUCAUGCUGGACUCUUGAAUCAUGCAUCUUAGAACAAAACUCAGGCCUGAGAGAUAGUAACACAGAAACGCUACUGAACUUGCCUGAUCAGUCUGUUGUGACAGAUGUAAAAAAAUGAUAAUUGCCCUGAAUAAGCAAAAGUGCAUGCAGUGCUGACAGGCAAAGUAGAGAUUACUAUACAUUGUUUGUAAACAAUAUUGGCACUUACACAGACAUCAAUAAGGACCAAUGAGGACCAAGCGUCAUUAGUUGACAGUUACUGUACUAAGUUACUGAGACUCAAAUCAAAAUGAUCGCUUUCCAGGAUUUUAAAGCUGCUUCGUCACCUUUGAAGAUCAUUGCAUACUUUGCAAAGAUCCUUGAAAGUGUAAUGGUAACCUUGUGUAAUGGUAUCCGCUCAUUCAUGCGCUGUCCGCUCCACUGCGGAUCAUUUUGUCGUCAAUUUUGACAAUGAACUUUGCCACAUUUUGAUGCUGGAUGCCACCACAUGGCAUUCAUUUAUCAGUGGUGGAUCAAGACUUAGCCAGGCAAAACUCAAUCCUGAGCCCUCCAUUAACACCCACAGUGGAAAAUAAAAAUCAAGCUUGCAUUGUGUGUGUAGAAGGAGCUGUUGUUAAAUUGAGGGCGGGCUUGCAGUGCUGGAUACAGAGAUAGUCUCUAUAUUCAUCGUUCAGAGGCUUGCAGUGUCGUUGCUCCAUGUGCCUCUGUGUUGUGAGCUCUCUGACUGUAGUUAUGGCAUAAUUGCAAACAAAAUUUGCAAAAAACACAUUUAAUUUGCCGUUAUGGUAAUCAUUAUACAAUUGCUGGAUGUGGUUGUAUAACCCGGCAGUUGUGUACACACAGGGCCAGAUUAACAUAGGGGCUGAUGGAGCUGCAGCUCCAGGCCCAUGCCCGUGCCCAUGGAAUAGGCCCAUUGAUUUAAAAAUAAAAUAAAAUUUUUAACCAGGACACAAGCACCCCUUACACACACAAAGCACCCCUCACACGUGCACAGGUGCCAUACACAGAGACAGAGCACCCUUCACACACACACACACACACACACAGCACCUCUGACACACAUACACAGCCCCUCACACACACAAACACAGCAUCCCUCACACACACAGCACCUGUCACACACUGCACCCCUCACACACACACAGCACCUCUCUCACACACAGCACCCCUGACACAAAGCGCCCUUUAUGCACACACACAGCACCCCAUUACACAAACACACAGCACCCCUGACACACACAGUACCUCUGACACACAUACACAGCACCCCUCAUACACACUCAGCACCCCUCACACACACACUCAGCACCCCUGACACAAAGCGCCACUCACACACACAGCACGCCUCACACGUACACAGCACCUCUCAGACACAGUCAUAUAGUACCUCUAAUACACAUACCCAACACCCAUCACAUACUCAGCACCCCUCACACACUCAGCACCCCUCACACACACACACAGCACCCCUCACACACACACACACACUGCACCAUGCACACCACACACACACACAGCACCCCUACACACAAACACAUACACUGCACCCCUCACUGCAGUGUGUGUUCAGCUGUCUGGGUGUAUUCAGCGGUCUCUGUGUGUGUAUUCAGCAGUGCGUGUAUGUAUUCAGCAGUCUGUCUGUGUGUACUCAGCCAUCUGUCUCUGUGUGUAUUAUGGUACACACAAUUUCUGAUCUUUUUAAAGAGCAGAAAAUUCUAGAUAUAUAUAUGGGCUAGAAGAACUCCUCCCACAUGUAUAGAUUUGGGAAAAACAAACCUAUGUGAAGGAACACUCUAGCAAUAGGAGUCAAAAAGUAUUUCUAACAAGAGUGUCUCCCUGAAGUUGCCAUGCCAUUAAGUUGUGUGUGGAAUAGGUAUGCAGUGUGUGUAGGGAAAACAGUGUGGUGUGGGAUAGGGAUGUAGUGUGUGUGUGUAGGGGAUGUAGUGUGUAGGUUAUGUAAUGUGUGUGUGUGUAAAGGGGGUGUAGUGUGUAUGUGUGUAGGAAACAGUGUGUGUAUAGGGGAUGUAGUGUGUAUGUGUUUAGGGCAGGGCUCGACAAAUCCCAGGCGCUAGGUCGCCAUGGCGACUAAAAAUGUUGCCCUGGCACUUGGGAUGCUGCUGCCCUGAGGAGUUUGGAGGUGGGCGGCCGCCCGCGGGAGCAUGGAGGCGGGCGACCGCCCUGAGCAGCAUAGAGGAGGCGGUCGCCAGCGGGAGCAUUGUGGCCGGCGCGUGAGGGAGCAGUACUCUGCCUGCAGCUACUCUCUGGAGCAGAGAGGAGCUACAGGCAGAGUACUCCUCCCUUGCACACAGGAAGAGUGCAGCCCCACUGGACCCCAGGAAAGACCCUCUCAGCUCUUCCAAAGGCAGGGAGGCUGAGUGGGUUUCAAUUAAAACAAAAAUGUGUGUGUGAGAGAGCGAGCCAGUCAGAGUGUGUGUGUGUGUGUGUGAGUGUGAGAGAGCCUAUCAGAGUGUGUGUGUGUGUGUGAGAGAGAGAGAGCCUGUCAGAGUGUUUGUGUGUGUGUGAGAGAGAUAGAGCCUGUCAGAGUGUGUGUGAGAGAGAGAGAGCCUGUCAGUGUGUGUGUGUGUGUGUGAGAGAGAGCCUGCCAGAGUGUGUGUGUGAGAGAGAGAGAGAGCCUGUCAGAGUGAGAGGAGGAGCCUGUCAGAGUGUGUGUGUGUGUGUGUGUGUGUGUGAGAGGAGAAGCUGUCAGAGUGUGUGUGUGAGAAGGCGCCUGUCAGAGUGUGUGUGUGUGAGAGAAACCUGUCAGAGUGUGUGUGUGUGAGAGGCCUGUCAGAGUGUGUGUGAGAGAGAGCCUGUCCAGGUGUUUGUGUGUGUGAGAGAGCCUGUCCAGGUGUGUGUGAGAGAGAGAGCCUGUCAGGUGUGUGUGUGUGUGUGUGUGAGAGAGAGCCUGUCAGAGUGUGUGUGUGAGGAGAGCCUGUCAGGUGUGUGUGUGUGAGAGAGAGAGCCUGUCAGGUGUUUGUGUGUGUGGAGAGGGUAGAGCCUGGAGGUGUGUGUGAGAGAGAGAGGCCUGUCAGAGUGUGUGUGUGUGUGUGUGUGUGUGAGAGAGAGCCUGUCGCCUGUCAGAGUGUGUGUGAGAGAGAGAAAGCCUGUCAGAGUGUGUGUGAGAGAGAGAAAGCCUGUCAGAGUGUGUGUGAGAGAGAGAGAGCCUGUCAGAGUGUGUGUGAGAGAGAGAGAGCCUGUCAGAGUGUGUGUGUGUGUAUGUGUGUGAGAGAGAGAGCCUGUCAGAGUGUGUGUGUGUGAGAGAAAGCCUGUCAGAGUGUGUGUGUGUGAGAGAAAGCCUGUCAGAGUGUGUGUGUGUGUGUGUGUAUGUGAGAACCUGUCAGUGUGUGUAAGCCUGUCAGAGUGUGUGUGUGAGAACCUGUCAUUGUGUGUGUAAGCCUGUCAGAGUAUGUGUGUGAGAACCUGUCAGUGUCUGUAUGUAUGUGUGCGCCUGUAUGUUUGUGCAAGCAUGUCAGAGUGUGUGCGUGUGUGUGAACGCCUAUAUGUGCGUGUGUGUGAACGCCUCUCAGAGUGUGUGCGUGCAAGCCUGUUGUCAGCGUAAGACUGUGUGUGAGCCUGUCAAGAGACUGUGUGUGUGCACGCACGUCAAGAGUGUGUUGGUGUGCGCGUGCACGCCUGUCAAGAGUGUGUGUGUGUGUGUGUGUCUGUCAAGAGUUUGUGCAUGCAAGCUUGUUGUCAGCGUGAGUGUGUGUGCGUUUAGGUACCUGCCCCCUUCGAUUGUUUUUACUCACCUUUUUCCCCCCAGUUUCUCACGCCGUGCCAGUUUCCCCAUGGAUGAGAUGAUCAAUCUUUAUGAUCUCAGCUAAGCCAAUGCUUUCCCUUAGGAAAGCAUUGGUAGGAUUUUGUGCAUGGGCAGCAAAUGUACCAAUCCGCAUCUCCUCAUAUAGAUGCAUUAAAUUAAUGAAUCUCUACGAGGAACAUUCAGCACCUCCAUGCAGAGCUUGGAGAUACUGAACGUGGGUGCUGCUCUCUAGUGACCGUCUGAGUGACUGUUACUAGAGGUGUUACUAAGCAGCAAUGUAAAUUCUGCCUUUUUACUGGCAGUGUUUACACUAAAAUGCCUGCAGGGACAGGCUAAAGACACCAGAACAACUACAUUAAGCUGUAGUGGUUCUGGUGACUAUAGUGUCCCUUUAAGAAUUGCAUUUUCUCGUUGAAAAUGACUGGCUCCUAACUUGUUUAGCUGGCUCCUAGAUUGCAAAAAAUUUGUCAAGCUCUGGUUUAGGGAACAUAGUGUGUGUGUGUAUAGGCAAUGUAGUGUGUGUGGCUGUAAGUUACGUAGUGUGUAUGUAUAGGGAGCAUAGUGUGUCUGUACGUUUUGUAGUGUUUGUGAGUUAUCUAGUGUGUAUGUGUUUAGAGAACAGUGUGUUUAUAGGGGAUGUUGUGUGUGAGUAGAUUAUGUAGUGUGUGUGUGUGUGGGUGUGAGUAGAUUAUGUAGUGUGUGUGUGUAGGUAACACAGUAAGGGUGGGAAAGUGAUGAUUUGUGGGUAGGAGGGAGGGACAUUAGGCUUUAAAUAAGGAGGUGGGAGAGCAGUUUUGUUUUCUUAAAUUAAUUCAUGUUGGUUCCCCCCCUUUGGCCCCCCUCCCUCUUGCAUACCUUUGGGCAGGGAUGGGGGAAUACUGAUACCUGGUGGUCCAGCGGUCUUUGCCAGAUCUUGAAUUUCUGCACCUUGGAGAACAGGAGCCCUCCUCUCGCGAGCUCUGCGUUGAUAGUAUGAGAGCGUUGCCGUGGUAACACAGCGGCAACACUCCGAAUGCUGAGCUCGCGAGAGGAGUGCAUAAUCAAAGCGGUCAGCCGGGGCGCAAUCUUUCAUCCACCAGGGCGCUCUGAGGUAGGGCAGGACCUGGUUGUGUGACCUAUGUCGGUUGCCCGGCGCCCCUGUUGGCAUGGCGCCCUGUGCGGCCUCACAGCUUGCACACCCCUAAGGCCAGCCCUGAUGUUCUAUUGUAUAGACAUAACUCUCUGACGGAAGCACAUCUGCACAAGGUCUUUCUAUAUUUGUACUUGUACGGACAGUGUCACCACUGAUACCCAACUCACCUAAAAGGGAUAAAAAUGUACCUGCCUGAUAUUGAUGCUGUGCUGCGAAUGUAUCUAUUGCACACCAAUGAUGCAUGGUACUGUUGGUCUACUCAAUAAAGAGAGAACUGCAGGGAAUUGAGAUGGGAAUUUUAAACUUUAGGUCGAAAUAGUGCAGCUGAAUGGGAGAAUUUUUCCAACUCUGCUACUUUGGCCUUAAGUUUAAAAUUACCGUCUUAAUUCCCUGUAAUUCUCUUUAUUGAGUAGACCCUGUUGGCCAGACGGGACGGGGCUUUGUGGCAGUGGGUGUGGUAAAUGUUCAAGUUAGUAAUUGAUAGCUGUGCUGCAAAGUAUCCCAGAAUUUUAUUUUCAAAUGUUGGAAACUAUGAAUUACGUUUGACACACAUUGACAAAUACAGACAUACAGUCACAAUGUGUAUCUGACAGUGGGUGUCCUUGUGUGUGAAUGUGUGUUUCUCUGAGCAACCCUGUGUCCCUGUGAGCUGCUUGUUGUAUGUUGUGUUUGUUGGUGGCUGCUUGUUGUCUUUGUGCGUUCUGUUUAUGAAGAAGCUGUGUGUGCAUGAUGACUGUCUUCAGGGGGGUAACUGUUUGGGGAGUGUAAGUGUGAUAGAGUGAGGGAAGUUGAGUGUGAUUGGAUUAGGGGUGAAUGUAACAAUAUUACAGGGGUUAAAGUGACAGUGUGAGUGUGUCAGGGUUGUGGGGUGAGUGUGAGUGUGACAGUGUUGUGGAUGAGUGUGGCACUGUUUGUAGAGGUGACACUGAGAACAGUGGUGAGUGUGACAAGAAAUGAGGGUUAGUGUAACAAAGUGAGUGUGGCAUGGUUGGGGGUGUGAGUGUGAUAUAAUUAAUGGGGUUGCUUGACAGGGUGAGUGUGGCAGGGCUGGGUGUGAGUGUGGCACUGUUUGAAGAGGGAGUGUGACAGGGUGAGGGGAGGUGAGUAUGUCAGAAUUAAGGGGGGUUAAUGUAACAAGGUGGUAUGGUUGGGGAUAAUAAGUGUCAGACUUGUAGUGGUUAAUGUGAGUGAGUGUGGUAUCAUUUGAGGAUGAGAGUGAGGCAAAGCAAGAGGGGUGAGUGUGACCGGAUUGGGUGUUUGACAGGAGAGGCGUUAAUGGGAUAGGGUGAGUGUGGCAUGGUUGGAGGAGGGAGUGUGACAGAGUGAGGUGAGUGUGACAGGAGUAGGGAGGGUUAAUGUAACAAUGUUAGUGUGACAGGACAGGAGGGAUUAAGGUCAUAGAGUGAGUGUGGCAGAGCAAGGGUAGGUGGUUGUGGCAUGGUUGAACAGGGUGAGUGUGAGUGAAGGCUGUGUUUCAGUGACCUGCCUCCCCACACUUUAAUACCUUCUUUUUUGCAGCAGCAGCAGCAGCAAUCUAUUCCCUGGUGGUCCAGUUGUCUCUCUGGUGGUCCAGUGGCUAGCUCUCCGAUGUGCAGCUGCUCAAGGUGCAGAGUUGCAAACCAUGAGGCAAACAAAUACUACAUGAUCCGCAAAUCUGUAGACCGUAGGUGCUGUACUGUCUCUCCCGCUGGGCAGAUGGUGUGGAGGCCACGAGGCCUUAGGCAGCCACCUAAUUAGAGAGCCACCCGGGUCAUUUAUUAUAGGAUACCCUUGAGUCAAAAUAAUGAAAAGGCAGUGUAAACAUUGAAAAGGGUGCAGAAACAGGCUAUAGACACCAGAAGAACUACAUUAAGCUGUAGUGGUACUGAUGACUACAGUGUCCCUUUGAGAAUUGUAUUUUUGGCAUUGGAAAAACCUGGCUCCUAACCUUUUUAGCUGGCUCCUAGAUUCCAAGCAAAUUUGUCAAGCUCUGAUAUAUAAAAACUUCAUUUAAUGGUCCGGGGCUAAGAGUAACUGGGUCAUAUUAAGGUUUAAUAAACAUUUCAUUUAGUAACACUAUUGAGGAUUGUCAAUGCUUUACAUGUAUGUAACUUCCGGCACAAUGCUCUAUAUAAUGAUUAUUAUAUGCCCCCUGGAUGUUAUGACCACUAUCGUUGGAUGUGUGACAUUAUAUAAUAUAAAACUACUUUCUUACGGGCUCCAAAUUCCAGCAUAGUAUUGGUCAGUGCUAUAAAUGUUAUAUUUAUUGUAUUGAAUCUAACUUAUUCUCUGUAUCAAGAACAUGUUGAAAAGAGAUUUUUGUAUACAGUUUUGAAGGUUUCACUGGCUCGUGCAUUGAAUUAGGCACUGGCUCGGUCACCUCUCUUCCAGCUGUUUUCCCCAAAUGCCAAAAGCUCUUGGCUCAGUCUACUAAUAAUUGCUUGUGGUGUAAAUCCAGGGACUACUGCCAGUUUCUGUCUCGCUUGACUGAACGCGAGAAGCAGAGUUUACUAAUUCACCAUGAGCCCCAUUGUCUGGGCUCCAGUCUGUGUGUUUAUUUAUUUCAGCAAGUAGUGUAUUGACUCAGGCUGAGCAUGGACGGCCUGCAUUGUUUAACUCUGCCUCAACCUUAUGUAAACCCCAAAAGAUUUUCAAAACAAGAAGUAACUGGGAAUGGGGACCUAAGAACCCAGGAGCUGCCAUACGUUUUGAACUUAUUUACUAAGUGGUGCUAAAUCUGGGCGCAUGUUAGAGGAAAUGAGUACCAGAAUUUAAAGAACGUUGUUUUUAUCAAAUAUACAGAUUGAGACGCAUAACUACCAGAUUAAAACCAGUAAUUCUCAGUAACAUAAAUAGGGUUCUGGACAUAGAAACCAAUCUUCAGGUGGAGUGUAAGUCUAAUUCUAAUACCGUAACCCUAAUUUAAGUAACCCUAAAUUAAUUAAUCCUCUACCCAUAAAUCCCUUAAACAUUAAAAUCCUCAUAAUAUCACUGACCAUAACCUUAAAACACGAAACCCCUACACUAAAAUCACUAAUCCUAACUUUUAACUUACUAGACUCACUAAUCCUAACUUUUAAUUUACUGGUACUAAUCCAAAAUCCUUACCCAAACCAAAGCUUUCAAAUUAGAAGCCUCCAUACUUUGAUUGAAAGUCAAAUGUAGAAAUAUACAAAAAACUCAAAGCUAAAUACCCACUCCCUCACUCAUUGCUUAUGAUUUUACAUUGGCCGUCCAGGUACCUGUUUGACAUUGUGCACACUGGGCGAGGGCACACCAUGAAAGUCCACAUAUCUUUGAAAAAGCUCCUUCAGUGCUGUCUGUGUAGGAGCCAAAUUCACAGCCUUGUGUACAUGUAUUUACAUGGUCUGUAUCUCCAUUGAACAAUUCAGAACUAAAUUUAGUAGAAAAGGGCAUACUUACUCUUUUCUUUAACCCAGUGCAGAGAAUAUUUUCUAGUUUUUGUUAUUGUCAGUUAUACCCCUCUUCAUCUCCUCAGAGAGAGUAAUACAUAUGUACCCCUUCCUCCAGACUACAUCUACCUUUGUAAGUAAAGCUGUAUGGCUACAUUCUGACAACCAUAAAGGAGGAAAAAAGGAUUGAGGAUGCUGAGUUCAAUGAGUAUAUUUCAGAUAUUUGUUGCAGACUACAAUAGUAUAGGUCUGCAUGGUACAACAUUGUGCAGAGUGUUAUGGGUCACUGACCAGCUUGUAUAUACUUAUUAUGAGCACACCUACCACCCUGAGUACACAUACCAUUCAGUGGUGCACCUAAGAACACCUACAACCAUAAGAUCAUUAAAGGGUUACUCAAAACCACAAUGACCACGUUUGCUUUUUGACGUGAUCAUGGUGAUGUGCUGUUUUUCUGUUUGAAACACUGCACAUCCAGAGUUAUUGGUAUUUGUGUGCCGGAGGCUAGUUGCACCCCCGGCACACGUGACUCAGGCUACCUAUUGUCAAUUCUGUGCUUUAAAUACGUCUGUCGUCAGUGCGCACUGGCAACAGACAUUUUCAGAGCAAGGGGAGGUUUUCUCUGCUCGCCGUCCCUUCUUCAGUUCCUCUCAGCCCUCCCUGCCUCCCUCUGUUGUAAAGAUGGUUUCUUUUUUUAAUUUUCUUUCUAUCAAAUAGUAGUCCAGCCAUGCCUAACCACUCGCCCUCCUUCCCCUUUAGAAAAGCAUUUGAGUGGACUGCGCGAGGGACAUGUGACGUUGAAUGGGUCAUGGAGAGGAGUGCCUGGAGCCUUGCCCACCCGACGAUGGAUUGCAG